CGCCUCCCAGUGGUUAAAGAGAGGAAAAGAUGGCACCUCACGCGCCGCUGUCAUCCUCUCCGCCCGGCUUCUCGUCCUGCGGACAGCGGCGUGCUUCCCUCUGAGAUGGCCUCGACUGAUCCACCAGCCUCCUGACGAAACACCGAAGAACAUUUUUUAUCAUUUCUUAAAAAACAAAAUAAAAACCCGGACCUGAAAACUGUGGACAUCCUGUAGCAUUUUCCACACCCUGUCGCCUUCUCAGACCUCAACAUCUGCACACCCAAACCGGCUGCAGCUCUGAUUUUACCCAGACCUCUGGAGCUGCUCCUGCUGCUGGAUCAUUCUUCACCAGACCUGGACUCAAGGACAAACACUGAGAGGACAGAAAACAUCCUUCAUCACAUUCACACGAGUAGGAGAGGAAGAUGAGGUAAGCAGAAACACGCGUGUCAGUGUCUGCACCAUGAAGCAGUGAUUCCUCGGCGCAUUAUAUUAAAGGAGAUAAGCUCAAACAACCUAUUAACGCGCAUUAUGUUGGUUUUCUCUGCGCACGUUCACCCACAGGCCUGCGGUGUGCGGGUCACCACCACGGCACAAAAGGUGUUUCACAGCAGCACGCGCCGCUAUUGACCGGCGUGUUACCUGUUGGCCGACAGAAAAUGAACCUUUAAGAGGAGCAGCUGGUCUGACAGCAGCUCGUGAAAGUGUCCACACACACACACUCACACACACACUGAUAAAAUCACGCAGAGCUGCAGGGCUUUGGUGAGCCAGCUAACAUCUCUGUCACCAGCUCGCGCUCUGUGAUGAGUCACGUGGAGGUUGUCUGCAGAGAAAUACAACGAUUCGCUUCACGCGCAUAUAUGUUUUAACCACGCUUAAUUGCGACACGAGGGGUGAACGCUGUGUGUUUUUCCCUUAAAUCGCACCUAUUUCUGCACGCGCAGAGGAGAAAUCCUCAUGCGCAUGCACGCGCACACACCUUCCCACCUGAGAGCCAAUCGGCUGAGAGCAUUCACUCCAGCAUCCAGACACAGCUGUCCUAAGGAUGCAAGCACUGGUUUUACUGGCUGACUUAAGGAGCCAAUCAGGGGGGGUGUAACUGUUGGAAGUCAGCGGUGCAGCCAAUCAGCUGCGAGCCUGCUGGAGCACAGCUGUGGGUGGGGCAGCAGUGGUUGGCACAGGUUCAUCGUGGACAGGAGGAAGCCUUGGCUGAUUGUGAUUGUUGUUGGCAUUGAAAUCCCUGUGAGUGUGUGAUUUUUGUGAGCCCCAAGGUCAGAGUGGGAUUUAGCACCAGGAUGUUCAGUCUCUCUCUGUACGAACUCAACCUAAAACCCUCACUCCGCUUUACUCUCUGUUAGCCCAUCAUCAUUUUAGCUCUGUCUGUUUUUUUAUUAGUUUUUUUCAAGCGCUUACUCAUACUUCAGAUACUUUUUCUAAACUCUUAACACAGACUCACAAAUGGAUAAUUCUCUUCUCAUAAAACACACUUUGUUAAAUAUCUACUUACUCUUAUUUCAAAAUGGAACACUUCUUCGCUGCAAACACUAACUUUACCAAAACACUGGAAAUCUGACUCAAAAUGAAAUUACUCUGCCGCGUACUUAACAAACGAGGAGCAGGAGACGAUCAUGAGAAAGUAUGAAGAAUUCAAAUCUAUCAUAAACCUCAAAAGCAACACCGUCGCUGCUGCAAAAGCACAGAAGGAAUGCUGGCAGAAAACUGCAGACAGUCUCAAUACGUAAGUAUAGUGCGAAAAAAAUCUUUGAUGCCAUUAUGACCCUGGAAUAGCACUGCUCACUGUGCGCUUUUAACAUGCACCAGACAUGUUUAAUUCAUUUCCAAGAUAAAUUAAUUCAUUUGUUCAUUCCUAUCGUGUUUACAUUUUUUGUGUGAUGUGUCGGCCAUAUGAGCCUUUCAUACAGGUGGUCAUCCGGAAAAGUAAGUAGGUCUGUGCAGUCCCUGAAAACUCUUGUGCGGACAAGCCAUUUUUCGAGAGAGCUCAUUGGUCAGUGGGCGGGGUUUUUAUACUCUGUGGGUUCAAUCUGGAACCUAACCUGCCCCGGAGCAGGUUAGCCGUUCAGCGUACCUUGCCAUGAAGACUCGCCUCGCUAAGAAGUGAACCCGCGUCGUAGAACAGGAAACCCCGAACUUACCCUCGAAGUUACCUCGCUAAGCAGUAAUCCUGCUUUGUAGAACAGGCCCUGGGUUUCAAAAUACUGGCUAUUGCUGACGUAACAAAAACUGCAUAGACUUUAAUGUUUCACAUGUAAUGUUCACAUUCAAAAGCAUCCCAGUAAAAAGCAAAUCAGUUUUUUUCCCUUUACUGUUUACUACAGGAGGUACAGUAGAAGUUCUGUUUACAAUGUGAUUCUGGUAUUGCUUACAGUGAACAAAAUAUCCUACACCUGCUCCUCUCACUGCAUCCCUCACUGGGCCUCUUGCUGUUACUCGUUCUCAUCCAGACAUUACAGUGUUUGUCUUCUUCUGUUUCCAAAAACAUCACUCCUCAAAAUCUUCCUUUUAACCCCUGACACUGAGUCUUAGCCAGACUGGAGUGAGCUGUGGUUGGCACCAAUAUACCCAACAUAAAUCAGCUGUGUAUUAAUGAUACAAUUGUUUGUUUAUUAUCAGCUUAGAUAUAUUGUUUUUGAACUGAUAUUAUUGCAGAAGCAGAGGUUUUUAUACUGUAUCUAAGGUUUGGAAUAUUGUUUUUGCUAUUGUGGGAUGGUGUGUGUUUUGUUGGGAGGUGUAGCUCGUAUGUUAAUCAAAUGUAAGCACUGUGGAAAUGUGUUCACUGACUGCAUAUUGUGUGAAAACAACAUGAAACGUGUGAAUGGUAUGGCUACAAAAGACAGACGCUGGGCUAAUUUUGUUUACAGUUUUGAAAAUGAGACAAAUGGUUGGACAAAUGCUUGAUAGCGAUUAAAAAACACUGUAAUAUAAAGUAAAAAGUUCAUCCUUUAAACAGAUUGUUGUCAUUUAGCCUUUAAAAAUCAUUUUGCAGUUACAGAAACUAUCAACAAAACCAUUAUUAUUAUGUCCCAGUUAUUCGUCUUUAUAAACAGAAAAUUAAAUGUUCCCUCGUGUUAUUCAUAAAACAGAUAGAUAAAUGAACUAAGGGCUGAAUCCCAGUAAACAUUGCAUUAUAAAAGGGUUACACUAACACACAUAAAUCAGAUGAAUAGCCUGCGAGCACACCGACUAUUUGCAGUGUGCUUUAAUUUGUCACUUGCCGUAUUCUGGGCGGUGAAAAUAAACACAUAAAUCCCUGCCAGUUAAAGUACAGGUUAGUUUAUAUUGAUGUAAAGCAACUCUGACAAGCUGUCUGCGGUAACGUUUGUUAUUGUAGCUCUUUGUUUGACAGCCAAUUAAACGCCGGGCUAUGAUUCAGUGUGAGUGAUUGUGUGCUUUGCAGAGGCGCUCUGUAGGUGGCAACAUAGACUGUGAGUCAACACAACAAGCCGACACUUCACACAGUUUGUUGGUGCUCAGUGAGUGUGUGUAUGCUCGUCUGUGUGUGGCUCGCUGUGUUUGUGUGAUUGCAUUUGCUGUUUUUUUUAAUAUAUAGAGAAAGCACUUUAGUUUGUAGGAUGUUAGUGAUAUUUAGUGCUAUCUAAUGAGCAUUAAUCUGCAGCUCAGACACGCAUUACUCAAAGUCAGCAGUAUGAGGGUGAACUGCAGAAAUGUGUAGGUUUUUAAGUGUUUUGAAGGUCAAAGGUCAGGGCUGGGUUUUAGAUUGAAUAUUAGCAUAAAGAGCAUAUAACUUUUAACAGCUUUUCCAUAACAACUUUGGAUAUUAAAGCUACUUGUUUUCUUUCUUUUGAUUACCUCUUUAUUUUUACUUAUUUUAUCAAUUAUUUAUCUCCUCUUUCUACUGUAUUUGCUCUGAAGUUGUAACAAAAAGCAAUUUCCCCCUGGGAUUAUUAAAGUAUUUCUGAUUCUAUUUCUGAUACAAUAGUCUAGAUUUGCAGUAAAUCCAGCUUGUUUUCUAAAACAUGAUCAAUUCCUUAUAUGACGGUUUAAUUAUAGAUAUUGAUUAGAGAUAAAAAGGAGCCUUUUAAUACUUUUUCUUUUCAAUAACCAGGUUAAAUUUCAAACUUCCAACCAGCACAUCUCUUGUAUCUGUUCCUCAUUUGUCAGGAUUAGACACAUUAGCAAACUUAUCUUGACGUUGGAGGUGCUGCGUGUCUCAGGGGAAAGUUUCCCGGGACAGUAAAGCCAGGGUUUGUGAUUCCAGUCUGGGAUUUUGUUGUAGGACUGAUCGCUGGUUUGAUGGAGCCUGAAUGUCUGAGUCCUCAUCUGCAGGCUAAUCAUUUUAUCUUUCCAGUUUCCAUCUCCUCCGGCUCUCCCUCGCUCCCAUGUAUUGAUUAACAUGCUGGGAUGAAGGCAACAGCCUGUUUUUCCAUGUUUAACUACUGGUCUGACACAAAACCAGUAAGCCUGGAUUAUAUGUGAUGGACUGGCUUGUUGAUUCUGGGGCACAUGUUGACUUUGCUUCUCACAUUAGGUCGUAAAUGUGGGGUAGGCAGGAAUCCGUUAAAGAAGCAUCUUUUUUUGUAGUGUAUGUACAAAAAAGCUUUUAAUAUCAGUCAAUAGCUAUAAGUUAUUGAUGACAUUUGGUAAUAUAAUGAUAUCGCUGUGUUUUGUUUUGUCUGUGUAGUCAACAUUUGAACAUUUUUGAGCGGCCCGCUCUUUCUGACUGUAAAGAAAGCCGUUCUCUGCCUCCCCCGACCUGAUUGGUUGUGAGGCAGACGCUGCUCCUCCAUGUCGUUCAGGAGCCCAAACAAAGUUAGCGUGCUACAAUAUCAGACAGUAGAAACCAACCAGAAAGUACGGAAAAUUGACAGACUCCUCUUUUGGCCACGACAGCCAACAUAAGCAAGAAAACAAAGUAAAUACCGGAGACUCUGUUGGAAUAACGGGCGCUAAAAACGAAGGUAGACCGGACAAGAGCUAAAAAGGCGGGUCAACAUUAGCAUAAAACGAUGGGGGACACUUCAGGAUCUUACAGACCCUGUAAUCUUUCUGCUGGACAGGUAAACCGCUUUAACAAAGUAAGCCAAGUGUCUGUAACAAAAGUGUUUCUUGUCAAACGGGACCUGCUGCGUGUUGUAGCGCAGCUAAACUGUUUCCCUCAGGUCCUGGACUAUGUCACUUUAUCCUAGUUGUAGAAGUCCUGCAAACAUUGUGUUUGCUGGUCGUCUGUUGGCAUCUACAGUAGCACCAAUGCUGUUUACUUUCACGUUGACUGGGCCCCAUUUGUGACUAUAUCUGAAUUUAAUUGGAAGGAUACGAGUGAGCACGUGUGUCUGUUUGUGGGCGGGGCUUGCUGGAGCAGAGAGGGAGGGGAGAGGAGGAGCUGAGGGGAAAACUGGUGGGGAGGGGUAGUGUUAACAUUCAAGAUUUCUCCCAAAAACUGGCACUUCCUCAGAUCCUGCCUACCCCACCUUUGAAUGACACCACAGAAUGAUAACAUUGCAGUCCUAUAAUUAGUGAAGCAUCUCUUAGUCGUGGCCCACAGAGGGUAAUCUGGUAAUGUGUCUGUGAGUGUGCGUUCAGAUCAAACUGCUUCAAACAUUUGCAUGCCACCAUCCGCCCUUCUGCUGGACUUAGACAUCAGGAUUGAUGUGCGGUCCUGCCUGCAGGCCACGGUGGCCUCCCACCAUCGCCACCACCUCCAUUAACGCAUGAGUGCAGAGAACGAGUUAGAAAGUGAAGAGUGGGCGCCAUCGACCCGGCGUCAUCGCUGCAGCCUGAUGUGUAUUGACAGGAACAGUUGGUGGUAUGUGUGUGACCCAUAUGUAUCUGAACAUUAAUCGUAGGUGCGUGCUGGAAUAAUGCAGGACUAGGACCUUGAUUGAUCGUUUUACCAAUGUAAGAGCAGAGAAGUUUGACCGUGAAUGUUUUUUUAGAUGUAUUGAGAGGAAGAUAUGCGUCAAAGAGGCAAAAUGAAAGCUUGACUUCCAUUAUACACCUACACUGUGAACCAGUACGGCGCACACCUGGUGCCUGACCUGAAAUAAAUCAAAAUGUCUCCAUUUAUUGUGUGGCCUGUAAUGUCCCGCUGAACCUCGGAGUCGUGACUCUCAGUGGAGGUCAGAUUUCUCUCUCCGUGCACAGCUGUGUGCUUUGAAGCUUCACAGGUGUGCGCUCUUCAUUACAAACCGCUCCAAAGUUACAGCCUUCAAGUUCAAGCUGAGUUUUUUUCUCCUGGAGCCGCAUACAUGUUGGAAAUUCAGAAUAUUUUCAAACUGCUAUGUCAUGUUAAAUAAAUGUCAAUGUAGCCAUCCAUGUGCAGCAAACAGGUUUUUCUUUUACACCUGAAGGUUAUGUGCACAUCUGUUUACAGCUUUGUUUGUAAUGUAGCUUAAAAAACAUGUGAAUGCAAGUUUAAACAGAGCAGUUUGAAAUGAGGCUUACAUUUCAUUUAAAUCAAUACGGGUUAAUUGGUUGAUUGCUAUUUUUAACAAACGUUGACAACCGCGAUUGAUUAUUGUUCACCACUAGCUUUUCCAUGUGAAACUGGAUCAUGUUACAUAAGUUUGAUGGGCUAACAAAAUUAGAUUUAAGUAAGGUUGCAAAGAGGUGGAAAAUUCUGGUGAAUUUCGAGUAAAUUUUCAGACUCUUUCCAUGGGAAGUUAAGCUGUUCCAAAUUGGAAACUUUCCACGAGAAUUAUGGGAAUUUGUGGGAAUUAAUGGGAGCUUAUGGGAAUUAACUGGAAAUUGGGGGUAUUUUGAACAAACUGAUAUCAUAUCCAAACAUAAAUGUAAAUAUUUUUUGUAAUUUCCGGUAAAUUUCCAGAAACUUUCCCUGGUAAGUUAAGCUAGGGAAUUUUGGAAAUAUUUCAAAUAAGAAACUUUCCAUGAGAAUUAUGGGAAUUUAUGGGAAUUAACAAGAAAUUGGGGAUAAUUUAAACAAGCUGUAUCAUAUCCAAACAUAAAUGUAAAUAUUUUUGGUAAAUUUCUGGUAAUUUUCCAGAAACUUUCCAUGGGAAGUUAAGCUGGGGAAUUUUAGAAAUAUUCCAAAUUGGAAACUUUCCAUGAGAAUUAUGAAAAUUUAUGGGAAUAAAUGGGAAUUUAUGGGAAUCAACUGGAAAUUGGUGGUAAUUUAAACAAACUGUGUCAUAUCCAAACAUAAAUGUAAAUAUUUUUGUUUUGUCAUUAGCAGACAUCCGUGCAAAAUAGUACAAUUAAAAAACAUGAAAUUUCAACAGAUUUAUUUGAGUAGCAGUGGCGAUGGUGAAGGUGAUCGUGGCAUUUUUCUGUAGAAUAAAAUAACAAAAAAGUUGUAAAAACACUAAUGUAAUGAUAUGAACAGAAAUAUGGUUGGCUAAACAACUGGAAUGGUCUUCAAAAUAUUUGACAAUUGAUUUUUAAAUUAUUGUAUGGUCACAGGAAACCAUCUUGUAGAAGUCAGAAGAAACGGCAUCACAUUUGAGGUAGCUUAAUACCAUACCAUAAUAAGGUAGCCCCUUGAAUGGUUCAAUGAAAUGAAAAGAAGCUUACAUUUAGCACCUAUUUUUAUUUCAUUUUUGCAGGUUAGUCUGUGGGCUCAAAUGUCUUGUAUUUUGGGCUCAAAAAUGUGGCCUCCAGGGUUCAAGAAAUCAUCUGUGUACUAAUUCCCAUAAAUUCCCAUUAAAAGUUUCCAACUUUGAAAAUUCCUGAAAUUUUGCAAACCUAGAUGUAAGCAAAUGGUUUUGGACCAGCCGAUGAGAGGACCUUUUAAAAGACUGCAGCUUGACUCUGGAUUCAGACCCGCCGCUGAGUGCUCUGCUUUAUAAAACAUGCCGCUCUUGAACACAAUCCAGGCAGCAAUUAGGGCUCAUUCUCACAGAACAUAAACACUAGAUUGAGUCUUUUAAAUUAAAGCCGUUAAGGACUGUGAUGCUUUCAUCGGCUGUCAUCCAGACCAUUUCACAACCACUUUGCUUUUAGCAGCUCCACUGUAAGCCAAAUUUUUGUGCAAAAUAUAUUCUUAAUGAGGCAAAAACAAGAUGCAGAGGCAUCUGCUGCAGCUGAAGUUCAGCUGCUUGUUGUUUGGUCUCAAUGCCUGUGUGAGGAAAAUUAAUGAACUUCCUGUAAAUUGAAUAUAUUUAUAAAUCGCAGCAUCCAGGCUGUAUGCUAAUACCCUAAUGUGCACAUCUGUGCUUAGUAACAGCCACAUAUGUCAUGAUGCAUCCUGGCACACACACAAACACUCACUAUGAUGCAUUCAGUGUCAGGUGUGAGGUCACGUGACUCUCCUCUGUAGUGAAUCUUGUAAAAACACAAUGCAUUCUGGGUGACAAGAGGGCGGUUUAUGAGUCAUAAUAAAGCACACUGAGGCAUCGCGAGGCGGAGCGCUGAGGCUGAUCUGCACAGACGUUUGUGUGUGUGCGUGUGUGUUUGUGUGUGUGCGUGCGUGUGUGUGUGUGUGAGGGAGAGAUAGGUAAUCAAAUCUUUGUGAAUGAGAGGAAAAUCUCUCUCUCUUCCCUCCCCCCUCUCCAUUUCUCCUCCUUCUUCUCUCGUUGGUGUGUGGCGUAAUUAAAACGAUGGGCUCAUGAGAAUCAGACAGUGCAUGCACUCGUCUGAAUGCGUGUGUGCGCGUGUGUGUGUGUGUGUGUGUGGUUUGUAGCUGAAAGUCAUUCCCCGGGCCUGAGAGAGGGUGAGCCUGAGUGAGUUAACUAAGACGACAGAAAACGUCAAAGAUCUUAAGCCCGACUCUGUCACACCUCUCACACUCAUUUAGCUCCUUUUCUUUCUCUCCCUGACUUUGCUUUGUGAAAACCUGAGCGCGCACAGGUGGAUUGUGGGUGUUUAUGGGGAUGAAGGGAAAGAGGAGUCAGAUUGGAUUAUGGAGAACGACAUGCGGCUGAAUAGGUUGAAGAAUGUUUAGUAUAAUCUGGAUGCAGUGACGCACUUUAUUGUUGAAGAAAUGAAAUAAAAAUGAGGUCAAAGUGCUGCGCUCGGCUUUAAAUUGAGGGCAAUCACAUGUAUGUAGGAUGAACUGUAUAUGAAUUUUAAUCCCAGACUGAUAAACUGCUGCUUUGGAGGAUGUGUUUCUUUACACUGGUUAGACACCACACAGUUGUAUUUACAGCACCCUCUUGUUAAAGUUGUCUUUUUUCAGCCACUAACAGUUUGGGUUUUGCUGUAAGAUGCCGAGCUAAAAUCUGUGAGUCAGAAGUUGUGUUCAAGUCGGCCAUCUGGCCCUCUGUUUAGAGACAAAGCCUUCAGGAAUGACUUUGGCUGGGGUAUUUGUUUAUGGCCUUUUCAGUUCAGCUUCUGUUAGCUUCUAUUCUCUUAAUAAGGAGAGUAACAGCACACAAAAAUCCACUGUUUGGUUCCUUUUCUGGUGCAGCAAAGGGAACAAAGCAACACAGAGAAUCUUUUUCUUUUAAUAAGAAAUCACAGAACUUCCCUUUAAUACUGUCUCAAGUGCGGGCCUGCUCAUGUUUUAAAAAGAAAGAAACAAUAGAUAAAAAUAAAGUUUAAAGAUCAAAUCAUGUCUUGAAUUUAAAGCUCCAGUGAGGAACUUUCAGUUUAAAUCAGUUUUGACACAAAACCUUGGCGCCCCCUAUGGACAAAGCAGUCUGCUUACCUUGUCCUCUACAUGCUUAAGAAGUGUUUUUGGACUAAAAAGCUCAUCCUGCAGAUUUUUUAAAGUCAAAUGUAUCAUUUACUGUGAAUAUUUUAUGUGGAAGUUUCAAAAACAGGGUUGUUUUUAGCUGCUCGGCUGACACCUACCUCCUCAAAUUUAAAGUUUCAAAUUUAGAUAUGAAAACCGUCAAUCUUGUCUUGUUUGCUUUUGUGUAUCCAUAUGAAUUUUUGUCUGUCUUAUAAACAUCAAAAAACUCCACACAGAAGCUUUAAGUUUGCUUUUUAUUUAUUUCUUGUGAUGUGAUUUUAUAUACCGUAUUUUCUGGACUAUAAGUCGCACCAGCCAAAAAAUGCACAAUGAAGUAGAAAAAACAUAUAGGACUGGUAUAAGACGCAUUUUUUUGGGAGGAAAUUCAUUUUACAAAAUCCAAGACCAAGAACAGACAUUUCAUCUUGAAAGUCAAGUUAUAAAAAUAAUCUAGCCAUUUAGCUUUUAUCCUGUGAUUAGCUUUUUUUUGUUUUUUUCAUCGCAGUAAGGGUAACCUCCACUUUUUUCGUCACAAGUUUCUCACUCACUCCUAACUCUCUUGUCGUUUUCGGCUGCAUUUUUUACUACUUGCAGUUUGUAAUCUGCAGAAUAUGAAUUUCUUUUUGGCGGCUUUUGUGCUCGGUCUUCCUCAGUUGUCGAUAUGAGUUAGCGUUAAUUUUUAAAUCUUCAGUGGUUCAGGGGUAGCGGAUACUGGUACACCAGCCUAGAGUGCCAGCUAAACUAUGAAAAAAAGUGAGCUUUAUAGUCCAUAAAAUACGGUACUCGUGCGGUGUCGCUUCAGAUGUGUUUACAAGUACAAGUGUUGCCUGCAACGUAUCGAACUGUUGGCAAACUGCUAAAUUUCACAGGGAAUUCGAAGGAGACUUUGUCAGUGGAGGGUCUUCUAGUUCUUGCCUGUCAUGUGUUGUGCCAGCUGCCACGACGGGGGAAAAGCGUCCUCUGUCUUCCAACUGUGUGGAAACUCUGAUUUCAUUAUCUUAUCCGACAAAGACAGAUGGAUGAAGGAGAUCAGGCGACGGCUAAAUGAGGCGGUGUCAAAGUGGUUUUGCUCCCGAAGACAGAAGCAUAACUUUUUAAUAGAAGCACUUAUGAAAAAGGAGCAGCUUUCUAAACCUGACAUUUAAAGUGAACCAAUUAAGGCCUGUAAAAAGAGUAAAAAUGUGCAGAAAACCUGCAGCAGAUAAAAAAAAAAGGUUCAGCAGGUUCACCAAAUACUGCAAACACAAGAUAUAACUGGAAGAUAAAGGUUACAGCUUGCAAAUGAACGAGCACGUCUCAAAGAAUUCUUGUCGAACGUGUAAAAGGUCAAGUAGAAAAACAGAAAUGAUGAGAAGAGGAGGAAAGAGGAAUCAUCUCAGGGUCCACAUGAAGCUUUGUGGAAGUGGUGUCAAAACUCAAGGAUGAUAAUUCGUAUUCAAACAAAACAAAAAUUGCAUCGGUAUUUGAAUUUGGAAACAGUGUGUGUAUUGGAUCCUGUCUGUGUGUAUCCUUCACGCGUGUGUGCCUGCAAAGCUUGAAGUCACAGCCGAGCGUCUCCUCACUGACAGCGCCUUCAUGUGGUGUGAGUGAAUCAGAGUAAGAAGCUCCGUUAACUCUGUCGCUGCACAGCAGAUAUACUGCCGUGCAGAGUCUUCUGCUCUCUUUCACAGAGACGUCACAUGACGAGACGCAACAAAGACUCUUUUGCGUUUCCGCCUCUGACAGGUUGUGCUCUCAUGAACUGACUGUCACGCUGGUUUGAUGCGUGGAAACAAGACAGGUUGCAUUUCUUUGUUUACUGUUUUUUUUUAAGUCUUAUGGUAAUUCUCAAAUGGGAUGACUGGAUCAUUAAAACAAGCUGAAGUCAAACAGAAACACUUACAGUACUCAUUGAAGGCAUAGUUCACGAUCUGAGAAGCAGUUGAAAAAAACUGAGCCGUUAAGGCAGAUUUGUAAAAAGCGUCCCACCCCCCGCACAAAAACCUCUCCCCUCUUUGCGCCAUGACAACUCCCCCUGAACCUGUAUCACCCUCUCCACGACACACCUUCUCUGGCAGAGCAAGAAGCUGGCCGGCAGAAGCUACGCUACUUUUAGCCGCUCAGAGCUCCGAGGAGGGCCAGGAGGGCGAAAAAUUUUUUUGUAGGAUUUUAGGGUAAGGUCCUGGCCUCCUUCGCCUCUGAUUGGCUAGAAGUGCUGGGCUCCGAUUGGUUAUUCCUAAUGGCUGUGAGACAUCAUCGUCUGUUGGGGUAGAGUUAGGGUUAGGAUGAGGGUUAGGGUUUAGGGUUAGGAUUAGGAUGAGGGUUAGGGUUAGGGUUUGGGGUUAGGAUGAGGGUUAGGAUGAGGGUUAGGGUUAGGAGAUUCAGAAGUGCGAUGAUGUUCUUUUCGUGUACAGACACGACAGCCUGCAUUUGGCUGGAGCUUGUAAUGACGUUUUAAGCUUUUCCAGCCAAUCAAAGGCAAAGGAGGCGGGACUUUCCCCUACUGUCCUACAAGAAAAAAAAUCGCAGCCAGGAGAGUGGGAGGGGACGAGUUGGAACUAUGAGAGAGGGUCAUGUCGAAUACAGCGAGGUCAUUGGAUGGAGAGGAGAUUGACCAAUAGGAGCUGUCCGGGAUGGAUGGCUCCCAUUGGUCAAUGUUUUUGCAGUCCCGCACCUGCUAGGGUGAACAGACUUUUUCCGUUCUUUUUCUCUUUACUUGUGGAGAUCGCACUAUAGGACCAUGGUCGCCAUAGAAACGAGGUUCAUAACAAUUACCAAUCUCUCCAAUCGUCAACCAUGUCUUUAAUGCUCAUUACAUGUGACUAAUAUGACUCACUGAGCUGCUUCUGGUAAAUAAUGUGUUCAGGUCUGAAACCCUCUCUGCAGGUCCAGACACUGAUGUCACUCUUUUCUACCGUUUCUUGCUAAAAUUUCCUCAUUAGCUUUCCUUUGUUCACCUCGUGUAAAUAUCACCGUAACCUCCAGUUUUGUCCUCUCCCCCCCGCCAAAAAACCCCACUCACACACUCCAGCUCAGUCCUGCUGCGUGUCAGACAGAAGGCCAUCCCUCCUGCUGUAUGCUAAUAGGCAGGUAACAGGAGCACUUGGCCGCUCUGUCACUUCCAAACACACACUCAGUGAGAGUGGAGGUGUUUACACUACAAUCUGCUGCCAGGGUCCGACCUGAGAGGCAGGGAUGGGUGGGGGGAGGGCUGUGGAGGCAUGAUGUCCUUUAACCCUCCUGUUCUGCCGCUCCAUCCUUUUUUACUCUGCCACUUUUUACCUCCUCCAUCUCUCUCUCUCUCUCUUUCUCACUCUGGCAUUUUACUCCACUCCUCGGUCCAUCAGUCUGCUCCCCCACUCGCUCUCAGUCUCUCUUGUGUUUUCUGCUCACGACGACAGUUUCUUCACACCUCAGAUCAGACACGAAGGACCCUGACUCUCACAGUGCCACACACACACACACAAACCAUGGCGAAGUCUAGAGUGGUUUCCACUGUGACAAGUGGAGAAGAGAGGAUGAAUAACUCCCGACUGAUUGCAGACGUUUGCCUUUUCUGUGAGAUAAAGGGUUAAUAUUGUAUGUUUUUAAAGAAAUGAAUCAGUGCGCUGCUCCAAAGUCUGUGUCUGCAGGCAGAGAUUUAGGGAAGGUUGGCUGCUCAUGAUGUGCAAAAGUUUAAUUUGGAUUUAUUGGUAUUGAUUCAGCUGUUCUUUUAUAAUCUGUUUGGAUACGCUUCAAACUGUGAAAGCUCGUACUGCUCAGAAAUCAACUUCAGAUCUACAGAAUAUCAGAAUCAGACCAAGAGAGGCCACACAUUCAGAAUGUGGGACUCUCUAAAUCAAUAGUUCUCACUCUGGGACCCACGUUUUCUCAUGGUCCUGAAGUCUUGACCCACUUUUAUAAACUUCAAACCAAGCAAAUUUAUUUUCCACUUUAGAGACGCAAAUCUUUAACAUAAAUACACCCAUUUUAUUGAGUAAAGUGCAUUUCAGAGCACAUGAACUGAGAAGUUGCAUAUACAGAAAAUAUCAAAUAUCAAAUUGCACAAAAUAAACACCAAAAAAAAAAAGAAACAUUUAAUUUUACUGCAUGUAGGGCAUAUUUAUAAGAAACUGAGUAGGACCACGAUAAGAUAUUUUUCAAAAUAAAAGACAAAGUCAGGCAUCAAAUGCACAUCUGAUAUUCGCUUUUUUGACCAGCAUUUCACGACCCAUCCAGAACAUGUCCGUGACCCACUUUUGGGUCAGGACCCACCAGUUGAGAACCACUGCUCUAAAUGAUAAAUUACGUCUUUAAACAAAUAAAGGAAAACGUCAAAUUCAUUUUAAAAUUUUGUCAAAAACUGGUUAGAAAAUCUGUUCUUAAAUGCACCCUUUUUGGAGGAACAGCAAACACGUGUCAUACCCGAGACUUCUUUCUCUUUAUCUGUCUCCUGCAAGUGUCUCGUCUUUAUGAAACUGCGCCGCUAAAUCACAGUAGCCCCCCUUUUGAAUCUGUGUUUAAACCCUGUGGAGCUGUAAUGAUGCCACUUUACUGUGAGAAGGCAAUAUGAUGCAACUCAUUGCAAGCAUAAGCAGACAUUUGCAACUCACUGAAUGUAGAUAUGUUUUUUUUUUCCCCCAGCAUGAAACAAAUGUGUCAGCUAAUAUCACGGGGGUAUGAUACACAAAGAUUAAAUUUUAUUGGCACGUCCGCAGCAGAGUGAACAGUCACUAAAUGGCUGCAAAUUGCAGUGUCAGCCGUCGUCCACACUUGUUACAGAACGAACCGUGUCAUCCGAGAGCUCUGCAGCCCGACCAAUCAAUGAAAUGGCCUGCUGGCAGAACGCAGCGGGACAGAUGUGGACGAUGUGAGCUGUACUAGAAAGAGAGCAUUCCUGGGAUGACAGAGGAUUGACCGUAAAUAUGGGAGGGAUUUACUGGUUACAGGCAGCAGAUUAGUGAAAUAGACACACAAGAGUUACUGUAUAUGAAGUAUAAUCUACAGGGAGAUACUGCAGGAGUAGAGGCGGUGUUGAAUGCUCAAAUUAAACUUUUUAAAUAUGGUGGCCAAGAAGAGUAAAGAAGUUACAACAGCCUGAGAAGUUUUCUGUUCAGCUGCAAAAUCAAACAUGUAUUGGUUUGCUGUAAAUGCGUUUUUACGGCUUUUUGCAGCAAGUCUCUGUCGUAUUUGAUUUGCAGUAUUAAAUUUAUUUAAAAACUUGCAAAACUUAUAAAUUUGCAGCCUGUUUCUCAAGAGAUUUGGUUGGAGUGGGAAUCACCCGUGGCCCCAGGAUACAAUAUUUCCACAAUACUUGGGCUACAAUACGAUAUUAUUGCGAUUUAUUCAAUAAGUGUCUAGCUAAUUUAGCAUUUGGCUUUUCUUCAUGUUUGUCUUAUUUAUGCUGUAUUUUAUUUUCAGCACAUCUUGCAAACCUGAAAUAUAUUUGUUGACGUGGCAGUUUGUUUGCCUUUUUUUCGACCACAGUACUCAAAAUGUUGAUUAAAACAGAUUAAGAUGGUUUGGAAAAUGUUUAAAGCCUUUAUUAAAAUAACUGCAAAGACAUAUUAUAGCUUCCUUUAUAAAAACUUAGGACAAGGACAACAAAACUCUAAAAAAGUUGUGUAAUGACAACCUCCAAACUAUUUCUGCUCAUUUUUGCAGCAGGUUAGUAACAUGACCUGGUAUAAAGGGACAUUUCAGAGAGUCUCAGAAGUAAAAAUAGGAGAUUUGUGACGAUCCAGGGUGAAACAAAAGGGAAAGGAUCCAAAUGAAGAUGAAAAAAAAGAUUUAUUUAAAAGGAACUAAAAGAAAAGCAACAAAAACCUACUUAGAAAGUCCAACUGGAAAUUUCCCAAAACACACAAGAGGCAAAACAAGGAGACACUGGCAUAGGCACAUCUUGACAGACACACACAAUGAACCAAAGAAGAAACAGGGGAAGACGAGGGCUAUAUAUACACACAGGGAAACGAGCAACGAGAGGCAGGUGAGACACUGAGACACAGGUGCAGACGAUCACAGAGGAGGGAAAACUAAGGAGGUAAAACAAGACUAGAAACACAGGGAAUAAACUACUGCAAAAUAAAACAGGAAACACUGAAAACUGAUAAUGACACACUGAGAACAUGAGGACAACAGAGUUGGACACAAACUGAAAACUCACAAGACAAGACUACAGGGGAACAGAAACACGAGGGAAAAUAACAAAGGAAAUACACUCAAAUGACCAAAACUAGGGGAAAACUGAAUACCAGGACAUAUCAUGACGAGGUUCACCGUUCUGUGAGGGACUGUGUGAGAGUUUGUGUACAUUAGUAGUUUGUACGAAUUACCGAGAGCUUUUUGGCGUCGAAUCCGUAAACUUGCAGAAGGCAGAAACAAGUUGUCCAUAAAAUAAACACUGGAUAGCUGUAAUUUUUGAGUCCUCAGACACUGUAUUAAAAUAAAAUAAGACAUGUCUCUGCAGUGGAAAUCACAGCAAUGGCUAAACAUCCCCUCCAGACACCACUGUAUGUAAACACAGUUUUUCACAGCAAUCACAAAAAAAAACAUACCAUACAAAAAGGACUCUGUGCGUCCAUUUAUGACGGACUGAUGGGAAGAGGAACACUGUUUGAUGAAUAAAAACAUCCAGUUUAGGAAAUGCACCAUUAACAAUAAACAGAAUAUAUGGGUUUUGGAGGAACAUAUGUCUCCAUCCAGACAUGAAAGACCUUGCAUAUUUUAGCAAGACUAGGCCAAACCACAUUAUUCACAUUUAACAGCAGCAUGGCUCCAAAGUAGGAGAGCCCAGGUGGUUAAUUGGCCUCCCUGCAGUCGCCCAUGAAAUGCAAAAUACAACAAAGGAGACCCCGAACUGUUGAGCAGGUGAAAUAUUUUAUUAGUCAAGAACGGGAUGAAAAUUUACUCCAGAAACUGUCCUCCUGGGUUAUGCUCUUUGUUUUCAAUUCAAUUCAGGGUCUACUAUUUUACACCCUAAGCUAAAUGAGCAGUAUUCCACUAAUAACUAAUUAAAGACUGUAGUGUUUUUUUUUUCCUUUCCACCUGUGCCCCUUUGUUAAAAUAAUAAUCCAGUAAAUUCAUCCUCUGUUAGUGUAUCCAGAGCUCCACCCAAGCCUGGCACGCCACCUCCCAUCAUAUGUGAGAAAAGACGAAAGCCAUCAGAUGAAUUAAAAAUCUGUUGCUGCUCCUCCCCGCCUCUCUUCCCUCGCUUCACGCGGGCUUACGCAUCCUCGCUGCGGCCAAUCCCGCAGCCGGGCAGGAGAGAUGGGAGGGGGGAGGGGGCAGGACCAUCAGCCUCCAGGGCUGGCGGCCCAUCGUUCUUGUCACAGCUGGGAGGGGAUGAAGGGGAGGGAGCGAGGAGGGGGGUGAGUAGAGAGGGAGGAGGUAAUCCAAUGAGACAGAGAGAGGAGAGGCAGAGCGAGGGCAACGCCUCACAGCACCGGGAACCUCUCUCUAUCUCCAUCUCUCUCUCUUUUUACCCCCCCCUCUUCUGUCUGUGAAGCGUAAAAACCGAACGACUCUCAUCUCUCAUUCAGUCUCCUCUGCAUGUGGCUAAGAGCUGCUUUCACACAUUUUUAAGCCUCUCAUUUCCCUACAUCUCUUCAUUCUCCUUCUGACGUUUCUUCUCUACAAACUGGAGGAUGAAUUAAAACACAAGAAAGGACUAUUUUUUUUUCUUCUCCCUCCUGUGUUUUCAGGAGGCAGCAUCUUUCUUUGGAGUCAUCUUUGUUCUCUUCUCACAGCUGCUGAGUGUACAGUGUGGAAAUAGGUUAGUGUGCCUGUUCGGAGCCGGGCGGCAGAGGUAAUUGAAAGGUCUGUGCGCGGCGGAAAGGAAGAGGAGGGGGAUGACUUCCUGGCGCUAACGCUGUGCAGCUCUGUGACCAUUCGGAGAGAGGGUGACUUGGGAUGCUGGCGUUGAACUCUAACCUUUAGCAGAAGUGUCAGCAGAAAUUUUGGACCUAAAGAAUAAGACAGAUCCGUCCUCUCUUCUCUUUUGUUUUUGUGAAACACCCGCUGACCUGUGUGUCUGCUGUGUGUUGACACCAUGGACAUCAACCUUCAGUCGCAUCGAUUUUACUUCCCCCAGAUCUACUGUGCUGAUCUGGGGGCGCAGCCGCAGCUCACUGAGUUCAAAGUCAGGUAAGCCUCCAAGGGUGGGAAAUGUGUCAAUGAUGGAUCCAUUCAUUAGUGAUUGAUCCAUCAAUGAUGGAGACACCCAGCUCGGAUGUCUCCAUCAUCUUUUGUCAGCAUCACGUGCCUUUUGGAUCCACCCGAAAUUCAUCUCCUCCACCAUCAUGGUCAUCUUUCCAUCAGAUCCCAGCUGCUGCUGCUGCUGCUGCUCCUGCAUAUAAAGCGUUUCUGUGUACAUUGAGGGCUGCUGUGAGUAGCUGUUUGCCCUUGCAGGGGGAUGGGGCUGCAUGCUAAUGUACAAGCUAGCUGUGCAGAAAAGUGCUCUCCUCCUGAGAGAAGCAGAGGGCAUUGAUGGCCUUUGGUGGGAGCUUGCCAAGUUCGGACGGAGCGGGCGACAGUGCAGCGGUUGUGUUAUAUUUUGUGCGGUCGCCGCGGCCCUCUUGUUGGCCGCCUCAGAGGCUCUUUUGUUCUCCGUGUUUACGCCUUUCUCUGUCUUUUGCCGCUUCUCUUCCUCUCCAAUCAACAGUGAAAGUGCUCAGGGUGGCUUGUUGCAUCCACAGCUGACGCCUGCCGUCAUGGGUGCAGACUGCUCGAGGACGCAUGCUCAGAAGUGCAACAGCUUCCCCGCUCUUUGUCUUCUUUAGAUGUUAUUGUGCCACUUCGAGGUUUGGUAUUCAGGCGCCUGUUUCGACCUGAUGUUAUGUGACAUCAACAAAAACGCGUUUGCUGGGGCUCAUAUUUAGUCAUUUUCUAUCGGCCAUCUGUCCUUGUAUAAAUCAUCUUGCGCCCCUUCCUUCAUCCUUGGGUUCAUGUUUGGAGAUGUCCUUGUAAUCUUGUGUGCGAUCCAUUUGACGAUGCCUCCUCUAACAGCUCUGAUUAGUGCAGCUUUAAGGGACUCAGCCUGAGUUUUGCCCCGCUAAGCAGCUUUCGGUUUGGCUGCUGCUCCAGGCGGGAGCAGCUUUAUGGAGCUACAGCGUGUCACUAUCACAGCCUGGCCGAGCUCCAUGAUGACUCCGCGGGAGUCUGAGGGCGUUUGCAGCUGGGUGACAUCACCGGGAGAAAGAAAGCGAGGGGAUCCAUGCGUCCAGUGAAAUACUUUAGUUACUCUAAGGCGUCUCUAUAAGAUACAAGGUGUUAAAAUCUGAAAAACAGACACAUCCCUGAUAUACUGGACCAUAAUUUUCCAUAUCAGGUUAGAAAACAGCAGCUUACACUGAAAAAAGUGAACCAUUUUAAGUAACCACACUAGUGAUGCUAAGAGCAUUAAGACCAGAUUAAAACUACGAUACAGGAGUGCAGGAGUCUCAAACCCUCUUAGCGGACACAGGACGUCAGACGAGGCUAAAAACAGCUGUUGCUAAUGUUAGCUCGUUUAAGUUGUUUGUAGGUUAGGAUUUCAUCAGUGUGUAAGCCCAGGCCAAACAAAGAGAGCAACACGAUUGCAACAACCUAUAGGGUUUGAUAAAUAUAGUCUGCAUCUAUUGAAUUGUUAUAUUUAAAUGUAUUUAUUUCCAGAAACAUAGUCUGUAAGAUUUUGAGAUAAGACUUUGCACCUCGGUCCAUGUAUUAUCUGUCCAUUCAAUUAUUCCAUUCAAUCUAGUAAAUGAAAAAAUGAGUCAAUAUUUUGUUUAUUUGUUUUUCUAAAUAACCAGAAAAUAAAAGAUUAGUGUUUGUUUUUAUAUUUUCGGUUCAAAACAGAAUAUGUAAUAGAGAAGGAAACGAAAACAAAAUAAUAAAUCUACUUUUCGUUUUCGGGUUAUUGAUGUCCCCAUUUCCUACGGUGCUGUUCUACUGUUGCACAACAAAGUAGCCAACAACGUGGAAACAAAAACUCGCGACCAGCGUAGUAGAGAAAGGCUAACCUGUUGUCAUGGAGAAGGACGCAUCCUACGUAUUAUUCAAAGCCGCCAGGAGGGUCACGCUGAAGGAGGAAGAUAUGAAAAAAUAACCACCAGAGCUCUGUUACAACCUAAGAUUUUGGCGCUCGACCCGCUCUGUCACAUGAUCCUGUCGCUAAAGAUCAUGGGAAGACCAAUGUAGCCUCCAUGCAGGUAUGCUCAAAACAGGCGCACUCAGAAUCAAUAAUUGUAAAUAAGAUUUAUUAUUUUGUUUCUGUUUUGAGUGGAAAAUACGAAAACAAACACUUAUUUUUUAAUAUUUUGGUUAUCCAGAAAAACAAAUAAACAAAAUAUUGACUCGGUUUUUCAUUUACUAGAUUGAAUGGAAUAAUUGAAUGGAUGGAUAAUACAUGGACCCACCCACUAUACUUCAAGAUUUUAAGCCCAACAAACAGUAAAACAGUCCGAGUCCACUGCAGUGUUACUAAAGCGACCUUCUGCAAAGUGUCCACACGAGCAAACAUAAGGAACUGUCUGCAAAUAUCAGCCUCUGAUGGAUCUGUUUGGACUGCAGCCUCAGUGGAAAAAAGAAAAAGGUUCAGUCUCGCACAUCUCCGGCUGUGCCUCACACCUCUCCUCUUCUUCUCUGAACACGCACACACACACACACACUCGAACCAUGUGUGCAUAUACACAGAUUAAAGAGGUUUAAAGUGCGUUUCCAUAAAAAACGUUCCAGGCCCCUUAAGCAAUAUUAAUGUUUCACAAAUCUGAUUUCAUGCCUUGAAUUCUCACUUUGAAAGGCAGAAAGAGAAAUCACAGUAAAUAGACAUAAAUAAACAGACUGCUGUCACUAUUUCUGUGCAGAUUUAGCGCUUGUCAUAUUUUUUCUGGAUGCGACAGCCAGGUCAGGACACUGCGAAGAGGAAAAAGGCCAAAAAAAUCCCCAACAUAUUAUCAAGAGUAUGUUGAGCUCAUUAGAGGUGAGUAAGAGAUUGGGGAUGAAGAAGGAAGGAGAGAAAGAUAGAGGGGGAGUGUAGGGAAAGAGAGGAGGGAAAAUAUGAGCUCAGGAGAGAGGGGGGGGAUGGUGAGAAAAGCAAAGCUAAGCAAAAGGAGCCGAGAGAGCGGGUGUAAAUUUGAGAGGGAAACAGAGCGAUGUUUGAGGGUGGAGUCAGAGGAGAGAGGAGCUAUAGGAUUAAUUAAUAAAUCAGAAAUAUAUUGAUGUGUUCAUGGUGUUUGGUGAGGGUUCAUGCCGUGGAUGAAUGUUUGCAAGGGAUGCUGAGAUACUAGCGCCAGAUCCACGGCGAUAUAGCCACAGUAUGGCCAGAUUACCAUGACAACCAGAGCUGGCCGAUCUAUGCCAGCGCACAGACAUGUACAGUAAAUGUAUGCACAGAUACACACAUACAUGCACACACAUAGUCACAUAUGGAGAGAGAGAGAGAAAGAGAGGGAGAGAGAGGGAGAGCUUCUGCUUCAGCGGCUUUAAGCUACAAGAGCAGAAAGACCCUCCUUUAUAACAUGGAUGUGUUUUCUUGAACAUACAGAUUCUUGUACAUCUUUUUAAGUGCUUAACUGAAUUAUUGAUUUUUUCAUCUUUUUAAGGUCUGUUCUGAUAUUAGUUGCUAGCAGAGCAUUGUUUCUUUUUCUGCUGUCUCUCUUUAAAUGCUGUAUUUUGAUUUCUAUUUAUUCCUUUAUGUUUUUAAAAGAAACUCCAAUGAGGAUCACAGAAAGAUGGGCUAAAUUGAAUCAAAAUCAGCCAGUGAGACUAAGAUUUGGUACGUUUAUAGAUUGUUGAAAAGAACUGAUGUUUUGCUUUUUGUUUGACUGAAACUGGGAUUUAAAGAAAACAUGAACACAAUUGAAAUUACUUUUAGGAGCUGGACUAACUUACCUGGAUAAUGCGAGACGUGACUCCACCCCAUCCAGUCUGUAACAAAGAGGGAAAGACAGGUUAGGAGAUGGAGGACGGUUCAAAAGUUGGAGCGACUAAAGUAGACGAAGUUGAUGUGGGAGAGGGGAGCAGCUUGAGGAGUAAUUAUCGUCCAUUUAUCGUUAUCGUUAUCGAGGUGAACUGCUCAAUAUAUCGUAAUAUUGAUUUGAGGCCAUAUCUCCCAGCCCUAACGUGUAUACAGUUCAAAUGGACUGAAACUGGCCAUAGUGUUUUGCACAUGCUCCAACAGCAUGAGAGCUUUGCUAGGAAGCUGGAUAGUAAACAAAAUAUUGACAGAUGAAGACCGGAUGUAAAAAAAAACUAAACUUUCCUCCUGUGCAAACAAACAGUACAGAACUAAGAGUUACAGUGCGGGACAUGCAUGCAGUGAUCCUCUUGCUAACGUGUUUUGUCAAAUGCUCUAUUACGUAAUACACCAACUGAAAGAUGAUCUGGACGUAACGAUUAGAUGCUUAAAGUCCCACUUGAUUGUUUUUUUCUUACUACUUAAAGUGUUAUCGGUGGUCUUUAAACUGUGAUUAUGAAGUUUUUAGCCAAAAUCACCUUACCUGUAUCAUUUUUAAGCGCUUUUCUUCUGCAGAGCUCAGGUAGCUUAUUAGCAAUUCGCCUCUGGGUCAAGGGUGGAGACAGCGCUGCUCUGCACACUUCUCCUCGAGUUAGCUUGCAGCCUAAUAUCGCCGGUGUAGUAGAAGUAGCAGGUAACAUAGGAGCUAUUCAGCUCUCGGACACUUUUGUCCUUAGGAGCAUGAUGAAAGCUAAUAUCAUAAUUAGCUUUCUUACGAGCAUUUCAAUCCGCUAACACACACAUUUGUCACAUCGUCCUCUCUAGUUCUCUGAGUGUGGCCUGCAUAGUGGGGCUCUGGGGGGCGGAGCUUGGAUUUGUGACAUAGGAAAUCUCACUGUGUCUGAACCUGCCAUUUGGGUCUGUAAGUUGAAUGCGGAAUUACUUCUUUUUCUCAUGAAAUGUCCUCUAGUAUCAGAAAAAUGCCAUAUACACAUGAAGACAACAAGAAAAACAUGAUUUCAUAGGAGCGGGUCUUUAAAUCAUUUGUGGUUAUAGCUCAACUGGAACAAAACGCUCCUAACACAGAUGAUACUGAAGGUCGUUUAUCUAUCUUACUGCAACGUGACCUGUGAGCAGGAAAGCACUCAGCUCCUCUGACCCGUAGAUUGAAACGAUGAGGAGAAGAUGGAAUGAUUUAUCUGAAGUUUAUAAAUGUCUGCUUGAAUCAAAAUGACUCUUUGACCCUCAGUCGUAUCAAAAAUAGGAUUUCAGUCGUACGGCAUGCUUCUACCCUUCAGCUCCUUCAUGUCUUAUUCACCUUGAAAGCCUCCGACAUGAAUCCAAGAGCUGCUGUGAUGUGCCGUAUUGCUCGAGGAUUAUGUCUUGCAUGAUGGGAGAGCUUUUUUUUUUGUUGUUGUUCUCUCAGCGCACUGUUGCAUGACAGAUUAGAGACGGAGCCCACCACACAUGCAUGUCAAACUUCGGAAAGCGCUGCUUCAAAUUUGCGAAAUAUUCCGGGUCAUCGGGUCCUUCUGACCGAUGAUUUGUGUCACGAAUAACAAGUGAAGUCAAAACUACCGUGUUCACUGUGCCAAUGUUUCAAAAUUGGAUGAGUCGACCUCUUUCAGACGCCUCGGAGAGUGUUUUGCAGACAAUCAAGACUGACUGUAGUCGGCAAGUGAGAGCACUUAACCUAAUGGCCUUCAAUGAACGCUUAACUGUAAAAAGGAUCUCAUGUAAACACUGCGCGAUGUGUGUGUGUGUGUUUUUCUUUUUGUGUGUGAGGCUCCACAGUAAGCAGCAGCAGUUAAAUGGCAUCAUGGGGCAAAGAGAGCAGAGCCUCGGGGCAUCUCCACAGCUUCGUCCCUUCCUUUACUCUCUCCAGUCUUUCUUUUAUUACAAGACAGAAGAAAGAGUUUCACGUGUUCAAUCUGAGGAUUACAGCCCCGGUCAGGCUUUCACCGUUCAAGUCCUCUCUCUGCUGGGAAAUUUUUCCCCUCUGCCAAAUGGAGACGCAUGCAUUUUUAAAGCCACCCUCACUUCCUGCUCCCUAUCUUCUGUAUCUCCCUGCCUCCUCCAUUUAUCUUUCUGUCUCCGUCUCAAUAUCCUCUCUCCCUUCAGUUUAUUUCUCCCUCUCUUAGCUUAAAGUGCCGCCAUCAGCCCAGCUGGAAAAUUUGACCCCCAUAUUGACAAAAUUUUGCUUUUUUUAUUAUGAUAACAGUGGCACAUAGUUUUAGUCAGAGAUAGACGUGGAUGGCCCGAGGCGUCAGACUCCGUAUUAAACAUUCCAGCAAACGCUCAUUAAACCGAGAUCAGGAUUCCCACAAACAACAAACUAGACAGGAAUGUCUGGCUCCUGGCGCAGCUCUUAAAGUCUUAAAUGCCACACAUGACGCAGGGAUGAAAAGUUCUUGUUUUCAGUUUUGGAAAAGAAAAAGAUAAUAUUUAAUUAAAUUGGAUGUUUCUUGAAAGUAUGAAACUGGAGCUUCACAUUAAGACUCAUCCUGAAAUAUGUUUUGAUCCCAGAUCUUUAUCCUUCCACCCCACCCUAAAGGAGCAUGUAGACACGCUCGUCUGACUAAAAUUGUACUAAAUCAAACUUCUCAUAGUCGCACUAACAUGCUUGGACAACAUGGUUAGGAAUGUAGUUUCUCUUCCAUGUAUUCAGCUCAAUCAGACCAAAACUGUAAGCGUUCUGCAAACGAUCCAGAGUUUGCACACCAGGAUUUGAGCUAGGAGUCCAGUUGGGUAAAUCUGUCUCAAGGAAGCUCGGUAGGAAACCAAACCUUGAAGAUGUCUUAUCAUACAUUGAGCCGUAAAAGUGAUGAUGUUUUGAUGUUUGUCGAACAUCCCAUUAGCCCCUUGAAAACCCUAACCACUUGUUGAUUGUUGGGUAAAUGGUAGAUCUAAUGAGCUGAAAGCGAGCGUGAUUGUUGUUGACAUGUUUCUGUCAACAAUUCAAUUCUUACCAGGUGCUUAGGACGAGUAAAUGUAGUCCAUCGAGUUGUAGAGUUGCAGGGCUCAACAUUUCACUCGCAUGUGCGCAUAAAAAAGAAAAAAUAGCCAAGGCAACAAAUGUUUGUUCAUGUAAAUACCCCAGUGAAGUUAGUUUUAGGUUGGAUAUUCGACGGACAUUCACUGCAGAUCUACAGGUGUCUUCUCACUCUCCAUAACCAGGAAUAGCAACAGAGGCACGGUUAAAUCUGUUAGGCAUUCUUGCUGUCAACUUCAGGUGUUGAAUAAGGGACCAUCAAUAAAUUAUCGGUCAAUGUUCUCAAAAAAGCUUCAAUAGCUUCAAUGUCAUGUGACCAACUGACCUAAAAUUGAUUUCAAAUAACAGUACUUAUGUCGAACAAGAAGACAAACAUUAUUUCAUCAAUUUUCAUUGUGCCCCAAUAGUUAUUUGUGAAAAAAGUUAGUGUCGAGCCCUGAGUAGCUGGAUUUGACUGAGCAUAUAAACGCACUGAGAGUUGUAAACUUACACCCAGGGUACAACUGACUCACUGAUAGUGCUGUUACCACCAACCAAAGGUUAUAAACCAUAAAUCACAGCGCACACAAACAGAAAGUACUGAUAGUGACCAAACAGAAGGACUUCUUCAUUAACACUAAAUUUCAAAACAGUACAAAACAAACCAAAGUGAGAAACCCCAACUCUGGUCUUAUUUAGUCUUCUUUAACCUAGUCUUCCGAGCGGUUUUAAAUCCUGAACUCAGGAGACCAAAGUUACUUGAGACUGUAAUACACCUCCUUAGAUAGAAUAAGAAGAGUUCAUUAAUAAAGUUGAAAGCUUUUGCCUGUCUGGCAGCUAACUAAUGGAUGCUCCAAAUUAAAGAAGUUGCUGAAAUAGUUGCAUUGAACAAAACAAAGAAAGAAGCAAAGCCUAGGGUGUCACACAAAGUUAAUUUUGAGAGUUUUUUGGGUCGGAUUGAGUGUCUUCUACGCACUUCUAACUCAGUAAGUCCACGUGACACAAAAUCGAAACUUACGUACAGAACCCCGGACAUUUGAAGGAUUUUAUAAACUUCCCCGGACAAAGCCAGAAAAACCCGCACAGCCCCCAAAAAAGAGGACAAGUCCGGGUAAAAGAGGACGGAUGGUCACCCUACAAAAACUGAUGAUAAACCAUUAAAAGUAUUGUUGUAUGUCAUAUUGUAAUAACAGACAACUUUGCAGCUCUGUAUGUUUAUGCUCAACUCUUUUUAGGUGCACGCCACCUCUCAGGCUUUUCAUGAAAUCCAAAGCCAGACGACGAUGCCGUUAGCUCCUGAAAAUCUGCACAGACUGCUCAAUACCUUCCUGCUCCUCAUGAGAUCAUCGCAGUGUCUCAGGUUGAGUCAGUUCACGCAGAUUAACGUGUUUGUUUACAACCACGGUCUACUCAUCAGAGAUCUAUUCAGCAUGUGUUGUCUCUGCCGACAUUGCUGUUAUGUCAGAGGAUUUAACCGUCUUUGUGGAGACAUAAAGGACCAUCUGAAGUCUAAAUCCUUCGCCGCUGAGUCUCUCAGUUAUUUUCCACUCUCUUCUGUCUCUGCGCUUUAAGCCAAGCCGGGUCAAACACAGACUGUCCUCUCUUUAAUUUCAAUAGUUCCGCCUGGCGUCUUCUCCCUCACUGAUGGGAGGAUAAGUCAGAAGGGAGUGAAACAAUGUCAGGACAACAGUAGCCUUUUUAUCCCCGUCCAACGCAGGCCUGCCAAGUCUCUAUUAGACCCGGUGUAGCAGACAUAAUGCUUACGUGACAACAAGCCUUUUACGGGUUUUAAAUUUUAGACAUGUGGCUCAAAACCACAGCAUCCUCCUUUUAAACCACUAACACGGCCAUUAAACUCCAGUUUAAUGCUAAGGCUAGAUUUUCUCGUUCCUUACAGCUCGUAAUACAUGCAGUUAUUGGCCAAACAUUAAAGUUGAGAGUGCCUGACCUUUUAUUAAACCUCCUGAAUCUGCCCUUCCCAAACAUAUCCCUCCCCCCCCUGCUGUGCUGCUUUUUUCAGACCCUCAGCAUCAGCGCCCGGGGUUGAGGAAACUCUUAAAUGCUUAAUGUGAUCACGCGGCGCAGCGGUAAAAGAAACCUCAUCUUUGCACUCUCUCUUCUCAAGCAGGCUCUCCGCUUGAAUUAAACAGUAAAUUCAGACCUGUUUUAUGGCGCUGUGGACGUGGCUCUGCUCCCUUUUGGCUUAUCCCAGCUGACCUCUGCGCACUGUCAGAAGCGUUAAAGGCUUUAUUAGCGGUCUGAGCGGGGAACUACAAAGCCCCCAAAGCAAGGCAACAUGUACAGUAGACACAGCAAACAGUUGUAAAUAUGCUUGACGGUCUGCAGAGUCUGUUGAGCCGGCCUCAGGGGUGAUGGGACGCUGGUUAGAGAAUAUUUCAUAGCAGCACAUACACCCACUCCCACGCUGAUCCACAGCUGCAGCUUCCAGAAACUGUUAUUUGACGCUUAUAGGAUGAGACAAGCGACAAAGACACUCAGCCCUGUAAUUAAAACGCAGACUGUCGCAGGGCUUAUGUUUUUUAGUCGUCUCUCACCGCUCAUUCAUGUUUUCUUCUCGGACGUAUUUUCUAGGCCAGGCGAAUAUUCCACUCCAGUUGUCAUGCCAACAGAUUAGCGUGGUCUCAGCAGUCUGCAAGCACAAGAGCGUGUGUGUUUGUGUGCGUGCAUGUGGCCCCCUUGUGUGCGCGUCUUCUCUGCGGGGUCUCGCAGCUCUGGCAUGCAUUCAGAAGCACACACGUGCAUGUUCACACACACUUCGACUCGUGAGGAUUAACAGCAUCAGAAAUGAGCGAACUGUUCUCUUAAUGCAAAAUGGACGCAUGAAUAACUUCGUCCCACCUUUCCCUUUGGGUGUCCCGGUGUAAUAAAGUAAGUGGUUGUCACUUUUUUAGAGAUUUUGGCACAUUUGGCACGGUGGCUUUGGUUCAGCGGCUUUGAGCUGAAAAAGACCCAAACAGCUCAGAGACACAUAAUUAAGCGGAUUACAUGAAUUAGCACUACAAGUGCUGCGUAAUGUCAGUGCUUUUAACAGGCGUUAAAUUAAAAUCAUGAUGCCAACUAGUUUCAUGUCUCUGCAAUUAAAAAUAAACACUCACCCAAGCUGAACCCGGUCCAACUCCUUGACUUACAAGUCUGCAGCUGCGCUAACAGCUCAUUUGUGGGUAUGCUAACAUGCUAAAAUAUGCAAACAUGCUGAGAUUUCACUGGUAAAAUGCAGUAGUGCGUUCAGACAGUGAUAAACACUGAGUGUGGCCCAGUUGCCACUUUGAAACCUUCCAAAAGCUGAAGUAUCUCCACCAAAAUCCAUCUUAAAAUGCUGAUUUUUACCACUGAAUUCAACAUGUUGACAUACCGGGACGCUAACAUUUUUUUUGUAGGAUGGUCAUGUGAUGACAUGAUCAAACCAAGCGGGCUGUUGACUGUGCAUCAAAUAGAACAUUAUAGAACAUUAUCGCAAUUCUGAAUCUCCUAACCCUAGACUGUAUAUAUUAUGGACAACUUGGUUCUGCCUUUCGCCAGUAUAUGGAUUUGAAGCCGAAAAGCUCUCUGUAACUCCGCGUUUUUUCUCCACUUCCUGAAACCAACAUUGAGCAGUAGAGUUGUACCCACUCCACCACUUGCGCAGUAGCAUUGUUUGUAUUCAGCAGCAGAGUUGCCGAGAGUCGCUGUGAUGACGCUCGGCUCAAACAGCGUAUCCCUGGGUGAGGUACGCAAUCUUCGUACUCCAAUAGGCUGUAUUAGGUGUCAAUCAUAGAAAACAUGAACCCCUAAUAACUUUUAAAAACUGAGCUGGACAGAAAAAAAGAGGACUGCUUCUAACCCUAACCCACUGGGCGCAGUUUUGGUCUGGAUAGCUCUAUUAUUCUAAGAUGCCAAUUUCCGUCGUAACUCUUCCAUUCAUGUAGAUAUUUGACUGUUUCUAGGAUGAACAGAUAUUAGGUAGAGUGAGCUUUUCCCUUCAGAAACCAUCAUUGACAUUGUUUGAUCUACAUCCUAUGGUCUGAAGUGGUCCUGAGUAUCAAGCCUGAACUCAUGGUGGUGCUUGAAAAAGUCCAGGGUCAGUAAAGUUGUUUGGAUUCGUCCUUUUGGGAUCUUGAGCAGCUUGAAAUGUUUUGUCUCUCUGUCAAGUAUUUGGCAGGACACGCUGCUCUGAGCCCGUUUUGUAUUUAUACACCACCACAACUUUAUGAUCUCUGUGUGGCAUCAUGGGAAAAGUCAUGUGGAAAGCUAAGUCUGUAUCCUCUGAAUGUCUUUAAAACUAAUAUAUAUAUAUAUAUUAUUCUUCCUUCAGCCUGGUCGAGGACAAAUAACACUGAAUAUCAAACCAGAAGAUCUCAAAUCAAAGUCUCAAAUCUUCAUCCUACGGGAACCAUGAAUGAAUGUAGCAUGAUAUUUUGAUAAGUCUUCACCCUGAUGCUGCUAAAAACACAUUUUUGCGUGGUUUAUUUGGUGUUUUUGGUGAGAAAUCUGCACAGUGCACCAAAUUGCCUGUCACAAUGGCUCUCUAAAACUGGGCCAGAAGAGAUUAUUUGAAACCCUGGGUCCACAGAGAUAAAGUUUGAGACUGCUGUUCUAUUCUGGUGCUGAUAUGCAGAGUCAUCCAACAAUAAUAAGAACGACUGAGUCACACAGCUCGAGCAGGUUUUUUAGCUGUGAUUUAGAGCCUGAUGCCCGAGCUCGCUGUCAGGUCAUCAGUCCAUUACUCUGACAUUUAAACAAGCACACACUCCCGACUUGAGUGGUUUUCCACACACAUAAAACUAGUAACCUGAUUCAGCCGGGGACAGUUAUUUUUAGACUCCGAACAUUUUGGUUUGUUUUAUAACAGUUUGUGUUCGAGCCGGCAGGCUGUUUGAAAGUCUGCUGUCAGCACAGGCCCGUUCCUCUCCCUCCUGAGUCUUCUGUCUCUUUCGCUCUCCUUGCUUUUUCUACCUCCUCCCCUCACCACCAAAAACCCUCAAAUACGCAAGCAAGCUGCUUAUGUAACCGGCCUGCAAACCAGCUUGACAGUUUACUCUCCCUAAGACCAUUUUUCACAGAUACGAGCAUAAACAUGCCGUUACGUAUAAACAUGGUGUGAGUUAUAGUAUGGGACAGCAGCAUGAAUGUACACACGCGCACUCUUGGCCUGUGCUUUCCUUAUUACAUUUCGUAUUUCUUUCAAUUUAGAUAGAUAGAUAGAUAGAUACAUAGAUACAUAGAUACAUAGAUACAUAGAUACAUAGAUAGAUAGAUAGAUAGAUACAUAGAUACAUAGAUACAUAGAUAGAUAGAUAGAUAGAUAGAUAGAUAGACUUUAUUGAUCCCAAACUGGGAAAUUCUCUUGUUACAGCAGCAAAGGAAAAAACUAAAUAACAUUACAUAUAAGAAGUAUGUACAAUGCAGACUAAAGAUACUAAGUAUAUGCAAUAAAUACAGACUAAAUAUACUAAACAUCCUAAGAGAUAAAAGUGAGAUAUGAAGAACUUUUAUGUCUUAUUUAAAGAGACAAAUUAUACUUUAAUUUACAGGUUUAGUCAAGAACAAACUCUGCUCGCUCCUCUUCUUCUCUCUGUGUGAAUAUUUGUUUUAGAGACUCAGAUGGGAGCAGAAAAUUCACAUCAUUUAACCAAAGUGCCUCCUCAAUAUGCCAACCGGUCCCUGUGGUUGGAUUUCACCAACCAAUUGAACCAUUUCUGUGAGAACGCUGAGGCUUAUCUGAAGCUGGGGCUCAUUCCUAAUGUAUCUCUGCCCUGCACAUUCAUAAAUGUUUAAGCAGUCAGCUGUUCUUCUUCCUGCUGUAUGCAGCUUUGAUGUUUCACGCACACGCGUAGAAAUACACCCGUCGUACGCAAACAAGAUGAAGUGUUACUGUGCAGGCUUUUAGGAUGUUUCCAGGGUGAGGAUUUUACACCGUUUUGUCAGAAAACAGAGAACAUUUUGUCAAGAGUGAGACGAAAACACAAACAGUGUGUGUUGACGAUUGUUCUGUUGGCUAACUCUCAGGAUUUGGCUGUUCUCUGUCAGCAGCUGCCUGUGGGACACAAAGAGACUUUAUGUGACCUGCUCAGAUCCUCUCAUGUUUGUUUAUCUUCAAAUUCAACAUACGCACUCUUACUGAUAAACUGAAUCAGUGAUAUUCCUCUAAAAAAUCAAUUUGAGACCGUUUGCUUAAUGCUUUUGUUUUACCCUCAGUUGAUUCUCUACGUUUUUUAUUCACCUGUUGGGACUCAGCGCACCAGCGUGCCCUUAAAACAGAUGAAUGUGACAGGAGAGAGGUUUCAUAGCUCCAACUCCAGUCUGCUGAGUCAGCAGAGCAGCACACAGCGAUAUUAGCCAAGAGAGUUAAGAGUCUGGAUGUAACAGGGAACGCUUGUCCGGUCUCAAGGUCGCCGCUGCAGACUGUGUGACGACUUGAGCCGAGACAGGAGGAUUUGAAGUGAUGUAGGAAACCUUUCAGGCUCAGGCUAACACACGUGGUUAAACUCAAACAUAUGAGUGUGACUUUAUAAGCAGGCUGUUCAUGUACAUCAGAAUAUGAUAAUGACGUCAUACCAAAGGCCUCUGUCCUCUUUGUGCGAACUGUAGAGCACGCUCAGAUGCUUUCUCCUGUUUGAGUCUGAUAGAGGUGUAAACACGGAAGAGAAAACUGACCCUCAGCUGGUUUAACAGCUCAGUGUCGUUUCACUAACACUAACAUGUACUUUUAAAGUUUAGUUUCAGGUAAACUGAGGCGAUAAAGUGUCUUUUUUGAACAUGUGAAUGUACUGAAGUGAUGCGAUGUAGUAUAAAUAUGAUUAUUCCUAAGAAUGAGGGAUGAACAAAACGAAACAUUUGAGAUAUCAACCAUAAUCCAGAGGAGGUGAGGGUGUACUGUUUCAAUCAUCAAGGGUUGUAUAGUGCUGUGAAGCUCUGUCAACAGUUCACAGAGCUGGACUGUAGACGGUAUAUACUAUGGACAACUUGGUUCCACCUUCCGCCAGUAUACGGAUUUGAAGCCUAAAAGCUCUCGGUAAUUCCACGUUUUCUUUCGGUGAGAGUUGCUGUGAUGACGCUCGGCUCAAACAGCGUAUCCCCUUGGUGAGCUACGCAGUCUUCGUACGCUCAUAGGCUGUAUCAAGUGUCAAUCAUCGAAAACAUGAACCCCUAAUAACUUAAAAACAGAGCUGUACAGAAAAAAGAGGACUUACUGUAACUACAUGUCAACAUCGCAAGUUGGUGGGAGAAAAAUGUAUAUUCUGUUUAAUAAAUUUUAAAGUUUGUCCACAGCUCCAUAGGGAUUGCUGGCGGAGGCGGGAUUUAUGACCUAUACUACAGCCUGUCACCAGAGGGUGCUGUUCUCAGAGUGGCUUCACCCAAUGAGGAGGCAGACAGCGUCUUAUCUAUGUACAGUCUAUGACCACGACACAAAAGACUUAGCAAGUCUUACCAAGCAAGAAGCGAGGAAAAAGUACUUUGAGAACAAGCCCCCAAUUGGCUGCCGGAGCAGCCAGAGCAGCCAAUCGGGAUCAUGCAAUAGCACACCGAAAUUUAAAUACAAGAUAGGUGACACACACACCAGACACAGCCAGAUCCUUCUGUUUAAUUGCUAGCUUCUUUUUUUUUCCAUAGACUGUAUAUAGAAUAGUUCAUGUCCAUGUUUUUUGUCAGUUAUUGUUAUUUAGGAGGUGAUCAUUCCUUGUUCUAUAAUCAUCCUGUUUCUUUAAAAAACUCCUUUGUCAAAUCCUUUAAUUUCUUUUUACGUGGCUGAUUGAGAGGUGGGUGAAAUGGGUCCACCCCUUGACGGGUCCUAACAGUGACGUUGUUGACUCUCCUCUCUGUAAAAAUACAGCAUGUGGUUUGACUUAAACAGACCUUUCAUCUACACAAAGCAGGGUUGAAGUUUUCUGCGUUUUUCAUUCAAAUCUGAGAGAUUUCUGUCGACGUUCAUGAAGAACAUGCCCUGUUACGGCAUCACCUGUAAGAGUAACCCUUAAUGAUCCUCCCCAUCUCUUCAGCGAUGACUUCUCGGGGCGCUGAUUGCGUUAUUGACGGCUGUCUUUUGUGGGCAUUUCUUUGUGUUUCGUCACUUCAUUUCGGAGCAACAGCUUGAACGUCAGUUUUGUAAAAUAGCAUCAAAUUGUGGACUAUUUUCACUCUCUUUUUCAUCACUGUUGGAGGUUUUUUAGAAAGUGGGGACAACCGAUGACGUGCUAGAGCUGUCUUAUCACCUGGAUGUGUCGGAAAAUAGCCUCUGACGACUUUGAACCUUCAGUUGAAGCUGGAAUCAGAGUGAAUCUGUUCUGUGAGCUUGUACAUAAAUUAGCAGACAACGGUGUGUGUGUGUCUGCGUUUCUAUUUCCAGCAGAUCCCUCUCAGUUGUUAGCACUGCCUUGAGCUUGGAGGCCGCGGAAAGUGGAGCAGCACAAUAGCUUUGAUGUAGCGAUGUCUGCGGGCUGGCGUAAGAGCUGCUGCACGGACACACGGCCCUCUGACAGCACAGAUUAGUGUAAGAGAGACGUAGUCGGACUGACACGUGUUAGCACUCACAGCUACACACACACACACACACACGCUGUGACAGGAUUGUGUUCACAGAGAUAAGCACAAAUGCUCAUGAGGGGACAGAGUGAGGGUUAAAGACUUUUCUGCAUAAUGUUACAAUCACACACACAAGGCUCAAAAGUGACUCAGAGAUAAUAACCACUUAGACUCAUUCAUAAAAACACGCAGAAAAUGAAUGAAACCUGCUCAGAAAGUCUCACAUUCAGUGAAAUUUGACUUUAUUUGUCCCAGAUGGAAAAUCAAUUCACAAAACAGCAUUAAAAUACGACUAAAUGUGAGAAUUUCCACCUAUCUUCUUCGGCAAAAUACCAUUACCAAGCAUUUAUUGUGCAAAAUUUGAAUUCCACCUCCCUCAUUGGCAGCUCAUCAGCUGGAUAGAGGAUCAAAGAGCUAAUUAUGCUUCCUGCCGCAGGGUUUUUUUUUUGGUUUCCAAUGUGUGUAUUUCCAGCUUUAAUUCUCUUUCCUCUGCACGUUUCCUACCUGGGUUUCCUCUGCGAUUUGAAAGCGUAUCCCUCUCCCCGUGACGGCUCUUGGAUGUGCCGUUCAACCCGGAUCAGCGGUGAUGUUCGCAGAGUAAAUUUAGAGCAGGCAGACAGGAUGUUUGGCAGCAGAAACGAAAGAUUUUGACGAUUUGACGCUGAUGGUUAAAGAGAACAAACAGCGUCACUGGUCCAGGUGUGAGCUAUUGAACAUCUUACUUUUAGACUUUUGGGAAAUUUGACAAGAUGUGUUUUUAUUCCUCGUGAGGAGAAACAAGAACUGUAUUUACUGGUGCGGGGAGUUUAGAGAGAAAGGCAUCCAGUUGACCUUUUAACGACCUGAGAGGCAAAAGAACAGCUUAAUGGAGCUGCAGUGUGUAGUAGUGUGUACAGUAGUGUGUAGUGUGUGUUCUUUUGGAGAUGUAAAAAAAAAAAGGGAUGCAUUUGUGCUACAAUAAUUCUUUUCAACUAGCCGACAUCGGCAUGUGCGCAUGAAUAAUUCAUGUGUUUAUCAUCACAGGCCCUCAUUAAUCUGACCUCGGACAGACGCACAGACCCAUUAACCGAGCAGGUUUGAUGUUCAGAAGCCAAAGCAAAAACACAUGACGGUGAUGAUAGUGUAAUGUUUUUUCAUGUUAAAGUAAUUUAAGAUACAAAUCAGAGAGGAAAAGCCGCUCCGGGAGACUUGUUUUUACUGCUAAGAUCAUUUUAAAGACUAGAAACUUCUUUCAAGUUUGGAGGAAAUCCAUCCUCGUCAGCAGCAGCAGGAAUGAAAGCAUUGAUUUGUAAAGCAUUAACAUGCGUUUCUCUUACAGGCAUUUGCCUUAAGUAUUGGUUUCACAUUUAUUUCCAUAUGAUAUGAUGCUGUUAACAGGGCUUAGGUAGAAUGGAAAGUAAUGAUGAGGGAAUGAAAAGAUGAUGAAGAAGAAGACGUGAGCUGCAAGCGAACUCGCUGUAACGCUUUUACAAACUCACAUCUCAAAAUGUAUUGUGAAUCCAAAAACAACAUUAAAGCGGAGACCUCGUCAGGUUUCUAAUCAACUACAAAUUUGUGCUUUCUAACCAGAAGUAGUACCCUUCACAAUAAAAGAGUAGUUUGACCAUGCAGGAAAUAAAAGAGUCUAAACACAAGGUGGAAAAAAUUCAAAAUAUAAGCAUGAUAUAAGCAUUAAAAGCCACAGUGUGUGUCAUCACAAACAAAUGAAGUGGUAAAGGUCGGGGCUUUUUGUUGAGCGAGGACCUUCUCCUCACCCUGCUCUGUGAUUGGACGUUUCUGUCUAAGUGUCUGGAGCAGCUCUGAGAUUUUUCUGUCUGUCCCUGUCAGCUUAGAUUUACCCAAACUCUGACUCGACAUGAACAGACCGAGAGAGAAGAUGGCAUUCAGAGUGUGUGUCCCCGCGUGUGCCCUUGUAUGUGUUCAUGAGUUCAAGCUCGUGUGCCGUCAAGGUAACUUCAAGGAGCUGAUUAAUUCAUGUCCUGCAGAAGGAUUGUUAAUUUUUCAGUGUUUGUGACGUGGAGCAAUCUACUCCAUGCAUCUGUGUUUGUGUGCUAGUGCAUGUUAAAGUGUGUGUGUGUGUGUGUCUGUGUGUGUGCCCUAUAACUGUCAGUCAGAAAAAAUCUGCCUCAGCUCCUUCACAGCUUCUCUUUCCUCCUCCUCUCUCUCUCGCUCUCUCUGUUUUUUCCUGCCUGAGACUUUUUUUUAGCUCAAGAGCCUCAUUUAUUCAUGCUUCUGGGCCCUGGAUGCCAUUUUCAGCUAGUCGCCAAGAACUCCUUUUGAAAAAUUAACGGAGUCGACAAGUUAAAGACAAUAAAUUAAACACAUCAUUGCCCGCUGCUGCUCGAGCGACUCUCUAGUAUGUGCACAUUUAAACCACUAACGUGCAACUUGGGUGGAAGUUAUUUUUAACCCCAUCUUAAAACGUACUCAUCUGGGUUUCCUGUUUUUUUUUUUAUGUGAUAUUUGAACAGUUUCCCACAAGCUCCCUACUAUUUACCUUUUAGAGUGCUUUAUUGUGAAAGAGAUGUGUGAUAGUCUGAGCUGUUUUCACGGACUCUGCUGUUCAAAACAGAUGAAUUAGUGCUGAAGUCAGUGUGUGUCUGAGUCAGAUGGCGAGCAGCACGUUUCUCUCUCUCUGUAGGGGUGCUACCGGGCUUUGUUGUGUAAUUUGUCGGGCUGUCAAAGAUCAUUUAUUUAAAAGAAACACUCAUGCAAAUGUCUUUUAAAGGGAUAUUCCGGCGUAAGAUUAAGUUAAUGUCAAAUACACAGUAACACCGAGUUAGACACCCCCAUCGAGAGAUUAAUGUUGGAGACCACUUGCUUCUCUAGUUAUACCAACUUUAGUAACAACCAAAAAUCCACUUUAUAGUCACAAAUAAUGCUGAGAACAGCACCUAACUUCAUCAACAGUACAUAUUGGGUCCUAGCCAUAGUACUAGUUACCAAAUAUCUUUCAAACUUUGCCUAAUUUCUUUAGCAAAGAGACUAAACAGAACUCACCGUCUUUCUUCCAGCAGCCGCUGGUUUGUAGAGACCUUCGGGUGGGUCCAUCGACUGCAGUGGGGGGAUCACAGCUCAAGGAAGAACAUUUAUGAUCAAUUCUUUAUCAUUUCCUUGAAGUAAUAAUCAUUAUAUUAAUCAUUUUGCACUGCAGACAGGGUAGUUCUUCAUGAGGAAAUGAUCAUAAAGUCUCCGUACAAACAAGCAGCUGCUGGAAGAGAGUAGGUGAGUUGUGUUUAGUCUCUUUGCUAAAGAAUCAGGCAAAGUUAAAAAGAUGUUUGGUGGCUAGUACUAUGACUGGGACCCUAUAUGUCCUGUUGAUGAAGUUAGGUGCUGUUCUGAGCAUUAUUUGUGGCUAUAGAGUGGUGUUAAGUUGAGUGUGUGGCUCUCUGUAUUGCUAUCAUGCGGUCAUUACCAAAGUUGGUAUAACUAGAGAAGCAAGCAGUCAGCAACAUUAAUCUCUCGACGGGGUGUCUAACUCGGUGUUACGGUGUGUUUGACCCUAAAUUAAUAUUAAGCCGAAAUAUCCCUUUAAUUAUGGUGGUACACUGGUAAGGUGUGUACAUGCAGUGCUUUUGAAUUCUGCUGCCCCACAAAACCUCUUUGUGCAUAUGAGGAUAAAGAGAUAGAAACAUGGCUGAUGAAAACAAAGUGUGCACUUUGUGGGUGACUCUGAGCAGAACCAGAGAGCUACUUUCCAGCCGUCUGUGUCCAGGUCCAGCUCUCAGCAUUAAGACAUAAGAGUGGCUGCACUGCUUCACUGUAUUUUCUGCUGCAUAAACACUAAACUCUCCAAGCCAAGACUUUUCCCUCUUUCUUUUUUUUUCACCUCUGUUCUCUGACGCAGCUCUUUCACUCAGCCUCAGGGGUCGAUACGCUAAUUUUAGCCUGGCAAAGAUGCAAAGACACAGAUGGGACUCUUCUCGUUAAUCUCAUUUGCAAUUCAAAUUGUUGCUCUGUUACCCCACUGUGUUUUUUUCCGCUCAUUUUUUUUCUCUCAUGCACAAACCCCCUUGAUCUACUUUCAUUUCUCCCUCUGCGGAGGAAAAUCGGCACGUGCCUUUUGUCUGUAAACACAUGGUGAAGGUCAGGAAACGGUGCUGUCGUAAUGAGACUGUAACAGUGACGCUACAGUCAGUGGAGGAAGAGCAGAAGCUGACAAAGGCAGUCAGGUGUGAGAGCGGCCAGACACAACACUGGAGGCCACACACACACACACACACACAUUCUCACAUUAUGAUUACCUCUCAUUAAGAACAUUAGCAGAUGCUGGCCUAGUGCUUGAUUACAUUUGGAUUAGACUAUCAGAGUAACUCAGGAUUAGAGGACUGAGUUGUUUUCUUGUUUACUGUAAUUAUCUCACUUACAUCCUCCAUAAAACGCACAUCACAGCGCAGUGUUGAUGGAAAAACUGACCCCGAGGGAGACCACUUUAAAACCUUGAUCUACUGCUUAAGUUUGUCACAUGCUCUUCCUUUUUUAUUUUAAAGUUUUGACAAAGUUUUGCAAAGUGGAUCAUUUUGGAUUUUGAAGCUUCAGCUUUAUAUUUUCACUUUAAUAUGUAAUUGACUAAUUUGAAUAAUCCAAACUGUUAGUUAUAGAGUGCUUCCGUUUAAAAAGACACCACAAAUGGACGUUACAAAAUACAACUUUCUAGUGAAAAGUCCUCGUGAAUGCAACUGGUAAUGGUCUGGAUCGUUCAUGAUGAGUGAGUGAGUACAGGGAUGACAGUUUUAAGGUUGAGUUAAGAGUGUUUUUCCGACUUUAUACCCUUUUCAGUAACUGGUAGGGAUGUUCAAAAAUGUUUUUUUUUUCUCCAAAUGUAAAAACUGACUUAUUUUUUGUGGAAGUGCAGUUCCUAGAAAUGUCAGUAGAAUAUCAUAAUCAGUCGACUGUUUCACUGGUGUUAGAAACGCAGACUAAAAAUCGAGAAAAUCAACGUAUCAAAGAAUCGCAAUUUAAAUUGAAUCGGCAUCCAAAAAAUCGUAGAAGAAUCGAAACAGGAGAAAAGCAUAUCAUCCCAUCCCUAGUAACUGCUGUGUCAUUUUUCACUGUUUUAUUUGUAUUGUGAAAACAUCCCUAAACAUUAUGUUGUGACAUUACUCCUCCUUUCAUCAAUAUACACAAUGCAGACCCCCGAUACCACCAGCAUCAGAGUGUUUUAGUUGUGAGAGAGCACCGGAAAAAAAAAUCUCUCAAUGUAUUUCAUGUGUCUUCAAUCAGUCUUUGCUUUCUGAAACAUUCAGCACUUUGCAUUAGGUGUUAAAACCUCUUUCAACUCUUGAAAGAUAUUCACAAUGUCAAAAAAGUUUAAAUAGAAAAGCAGUCAAAUUAUUUGUUUUAUGCAGUUCUACUGUGUAUGACUAACCCUCUACUGCAUCUGUCCUUAUCUCCCACAGUGAGCAGAGUAUCUGCCAGGCGCGGGCCUCCGUCAUGGUUUACGAUGACACCAGUAAGAAGUGGGUCCCCAUCAAGCCCGGACAGCAGGGAUUCAGCCGCAUCAACAUCUACCACAACACUGCCAACAACACCUUCAGGGUGGUGGGCGUCAAACUGCAGGACCAGCAGGUAACGGCGAUAACGAUGCGGUGAGAGUCGAGUAAAAAGACAGAGUGGAUUUCUUCUGUUUAGUCACUAGAGAGAGAUUUCAUGGCGCUGCAGGAGGAUUGCAACAUACAGACUGUUAUGUACGACCACUGUGAGUUUUCUUUUGAAGUGACUCAGAAGACAGUAUCACCAAAGUGAAGUGUAAAAGGGGGUUUGGAGAGGAAAUAAGUGCUCAAUAAAACCAAAGGUGGCUUUUUCCUGUAAUUUGUUUCCAUUUCUAUUUGUUUAAGAGUGCUGGUUUAAUUUAUCUUGUCACCAGGGGAUCCCAUUAUCACAAAAACAAUGUUGUUAUCCCGAGAUAAUGAGAUACAUACGUUUAAGUCUUGGGACAAAUGGAAAUUACACAGGAAAACUGAUGUAUGAAUGCAACUUUGACUAAACUAGUUUGAGUUUGCUUCCUUAAAGGGAUAUCCCGGCGUAAAAUUAAGUUAGGGUCAAACACUGUAACUGUAAACUGUAAAAAACACUGUAAAAAAUUUGGUGUUCUUGGGCGUGUUUGACCCUAAAUUAAUUUUACGCCUGAAUAUCCCUUUAACUAGUGGGUAAAAUUAUCCUCACAUCAGGUUUUGAGUUUGCUUUCCUAAUUCUGAGGUGGUGUGUUAUGAUUAAAGGUGUAUUUCGGUUAUGGCUCAUGGUGUGCAGCACAUUCAUUCCAGGUGACAAAUCCAGAGGCUUUUAAAAUGUGUUCAGUUCAGUCAGUCAGACAGACAGACUCUAAAUGUGUCUUUUCUGUCUGAACUGUGAUUUAAAGUUUACAAAACAUAUCAUUUAAUCCUUUAAAACGCAGAGACAUAAACUUUCUGGUAUUUUAAUGCCUCUUUCUCCCACUAACACAACAGAGUUAUGAUUACAGAGAUUAUGUUGUAUUUAUUUCCCCAGCCCGCCAUCUGUGUAUAUUCAUCAUCCCUCAGAUAAAGCAGAAGAACGGCUGUUAGAGAUAAAAGCUCCGCGGAGACAAAUCUGUGUGCACUAUUUCAUGAGUAAACUAAGACUGUCUCUUUUCCUUUCUCUGACAAGGUGGUUAUAAACUACUCCAUAGUGAAGGGCCUCAAGUACAACCAGGCCACGCCCACUUUCCACCAGUGGAGGGACGCCCGGCAGGUCUAUGGCCUCAACUUCGCCAGCAAGGAGGAGGCCACCACCUUCUCGAACGCCAUGCUGUUUGCCCUCAAUGUGCUCAGCGCUCAGGAUGGAGGUGAGACACAUUCAUGUUUUCCAAGCGGACUCAGAGAGAAUAAAGUUUUACUGACUUUACUGGAGAUCAAACUUGUGGCUCUAUCAGAGCUGCUCAUCAUAGCUAAACCUUAUCAAACUCAGUCCUUCAGAAACGAUUCACAUUAACCCACAAAUGUGUGUCUCAAACUGAUUCCUCCUUAAAUAACUGUGUGGUCAUCUGCGGUUUAUUAUUGCUCUCCAAAGCUUUGUAAAUCACACUCUAAUGCUGUCAGUGCAGUGGUUUAUAAACGCAGCCAAACAUUAAUAACAUUCAUUCAUAUGAAUAAUGAAUCAGACUGUCAGUGUGGAGCAGGAAGCUGCUGAUGGACCUCAUCAUCUCAUGCAGCUUGUCUGACAUCAAAAGUAACACUUUCUUCUAGACUUUUAGUUUGAGCCGUCACUACAAAAUAAACAUUUCUUGAAUAAAACCUCAGCGAUAACAGGUUUUUUUUUAGCAGCAAAGUACGGUGGCCAAGGACUGCCGCAAAAAAAAAAAGAAGCCGAUGCAAAAAAAUAUAUAUAUAUAUAUAUAUAAAAUAUAUAUGUAUAUAUAUAUAUAUAUACAUAUAUAUAUGUAAUAUAUAUAUAUGUAUAUAUAUAUAUAUGUAUAUAUAUAUUUAUAUUUAUAUAUAUAUGUAUAAUAUAUAUAUAUAUAUAUAUAUAUAUAUAUAUAUAUAUAUAUAUCAUAUAUAUAUAUGUGUAUAUAUGUAUAUAUAUGUAUAUAUAUAUAUAUGUAUUGUGUGUUAUAUAUAUAUAUAUAUAUAUAUAUAUAUAUUUAUAUAUGAAGUUGAACUGAAGCUAACACUACACUGACAUCGUCCAGUUCAACUUCAUAUAGACUCAGGCGCUACAUGGCCUAACCAAAUGACACAUUGAAAAGUUUACGAAGUUCUCUACGAAAAUUAAACAACCUUUCCACCUUCUUCUCUGCUCGUUUUCUAACCGUCGUCUUCUGUGCCUAGAUCGUAAAACACCAAUGAAUCAUCAUUAAGUGAAUCAUCAUCAAAUCUGACUCUGAUGUGUCUUUUAGAUACAACUUUAGAUUAGUUACAACUUUAUUUAUCCUUUGGGAGUUCCCUCGUGGAAAUUAGAAACUUUUGAGAAACUAAAACUUUCGUAGCCACAAAAGAAAUCUGUGCUCUUCACCGAAUCAAGCUUUACAUAUGAUGCAUACGAUGUUACUGUUUGUGUUGUAUAUAGUGUUCAUACUUGUAUAUUAUCUCUUUUUGUUUACAAAUGUUCCUUUUUUUAUCUAUUUAUCUUUAUUUUUACUUAUUUAUCUAUUUAUAUCUCUUUUUUACUGUAUCUGCACUGGAGUACUGUGACAAAAGUGAUUUCCCCCUGGGGUUUAUUAAAGUAUUUUUGAUUCUGAUUCUGAUUCUGAUUGAAUGUGAUGAUUAAGUCCCUGUAAUCCCAAAGCUAAAGAAAAGUGCAUCCAUAUUUGAGUUACACUGAACUUCACUGACUAAUUUGACAAGAAAUGAUAGAGUCAAUCAGGACACUACUUAAAUUCUGCCCCUCCUAUCAGUGAAAAACCAGACUAAACAUCCCCAGAGCCGUGUCCUUGUAUGCUCCUUAAACAAACUCUUCAAUUUUACAGCCGAACUGCUUCGUUUUGACACACAGUCCCCUCCGCCGAACACUUUGUACGAUCAGUAAUGACACCGCAUCCUCAGCAGAUGAUAACUCAACUCCGAAAGCUGGGCCGGAGCGUAGCAGCAAACCUCUCGAGUGAGACGAUUGUUGUCAAACUGGGUGUAAAAAGUGAUGAAGACGUAGUGCGGGGUGUCAUUUUGUACGCUGACUCAGUGGAGGAGCUUUAGUGGGGGCACAUCAGGAGCUGGCUUUUGUUAUUGUUAGUCAUACAACCCCAAUUAAAAUGUCUCCAGAGAAUGAAAACAUGAAUUUGAAACUUCUAUCUGGUGUGAAAUAUAAAUUUAAGGCUGGCCUCUUCUCCUCAGCUCUGUUUGUGUGAGAGACAAAUAUAAAUUGGGUGAGUUAAAGUGUCUGGAGGAGUGACAGAGAGAGUCACAGCUUCAGUCAUCCACCCAAGCAGCAGCAGCAGCAGCAGCAGCAGUGUUUCCCCCUUCAGUCCCCUCCAGCCUCUUAAUUAGAGUGAGUCAUUCAGAAGUUCUCCCUCGGGUCCCGUGCUAGAGAGCAGAUCUUUUCAUCUGCCUAAUAACACAGGAUGGAGAACAAAGAGGCUCGAGUGACGGCGGCCAAACACAGGCGCACAAAUACAGAGGAGAAAACACACACACUGAAAGACAGACUAUAAGGACUGACGCUAAUGCUACCAGAUCACUGCAGCAGUGACUCUCUGGCUGCAUAAUGAAUCUCAAUCUGUGUGUGGAGGUUCAUUAAAACUAUCACACACACUCACAAACAACAGCAUUUCAGAUUUUCAGUCAUGUAGUCUCAUAAAUCUGGUAUAACCUUACCUGUUUUCUCAUCAAACACAUCCACAUCUUCAAAACACAAUACAUUGUUUUCACUGUGAGCCUGUGUGCCUGCCCCCUCUAGUGGUAAGAAGGUCAACACCUGACCUUUUGUCCUCACUGUUGGUCCCUGUUUGUCAAGAUUGGUGGAUAAUUAGCAGUAACCCUACAAAAUAAAUAUCAUUGAGGUGUCUGUUUUGAUGUAACUUAACAAAUAUACAAACAUGUAGACUACUCUCCACCUCUAAUAUAGCAAGCUUGAAUCAUCAGACUGUAUACAGUCUAUAAAUGUUAGUAUACAGUUUCAGACAUUACUUAUUGUCUUGCUGGACACAGAAUAAUGACGCCAUUGCUGUCUCAAAUUUUAAAGUUCAGCAGCUGGAGCUUGAUAACAAAUAAUGUCAUUAAUUUUUUUAAUUGAUUGAAGUUUAUUUUGAACCUAUAAAACAAUGAUAAUAAUAAUAAUAAAGUAAAGAAUACAACAAAAAAAUGACAAAAAGUAGUUUAUGUUCAAAAAGGAGUGGGAAGAAGUCGAGACAUAUCUAGUUCCACGCUUUCUCCUGCACUAAUGAUUUAAAUAUAUAUCCUAAUAUUUUGUAAUAAUAUGAAUCAUCAUCAUCAGACUAGCAAUAAAAAUAAUCACCACAGUGAAAAUAACAAAACAAAACGAUAAUGAUAAUGUUGAUAGUAACUAUGAUUGUACAUCCCUGUAUCCCAUGAAAACAUAUUCUUUAUAUUUUGUUUUAAACUGUUUUAUGUUUGGAUAUUGUUUUAACUCCUCACCCACACCAUUACACAGUCUAUCAAACUGUAUUAAACUGAGUGUAUUUCACAAAUAAAGAAAAUAAAACAUAUUUUAUAAAAUUACUGACCCUCUAGAUUUGGCAGUCUUGAAACUUUGUUAGACAGUCCAAUAAAAUGCAUACACUGAAGUGACUUUACUCAGAGUAUAGGACACAAUAACAGACCCAGUAAGCUGAAACAGUAUUGAUUUUUCAGGUUUUGACAAAUGCUUUAUUGUGUGUUUAAUGGACCCGAUUAUUGAUCUCCGUCCCUCCUCAGAACUGGCUUCUGUUUCAUUAAUUUCUUUAUAUGUGUUUUAAGGGACAAAAAUUCCAGCACAACUUCCAUGGUGCUUAGAGAAAAGGGGACUUGAAGAGGUCAAAGGAGCUCCAGCAACACUUUUAGUUCGAGAAAACAGCUUUAUUCGUCUGACGCAUUUCGACUUGAUGACCCUCUUAAUGUCUUAAUUUCAGAGUUUUUUGAACUCUCAUUGUGAAGGAUGAGUGACUGAAUGUCGGUCUUCCCUUUGCUGCAAAACAAAGGGGAAUAAGCUGGGUUAUGAUGUGUACAAAAAAAGUUAAGAUUACAAUUUUUUCCUGUUUAUAUCUCUGCCUAGAAAGGACGAGGUUCAAGGUUACUUUAUUUGUUGCACAAAAACAGCUCAGAACAAAAACAUUACAAAUAAAAGUGACAACAGUGCUGAGUGCCAAGAGGGUAACCCUGGGUAAAAACAAGACUAUGAAAUAAGAUGAAAUAAUCUAUUAGUGAAAGCAGAGUUGAGUUAAAACAAAACAGAUUUGUCAUCAAACAAUAAAAACAUGGUUGAUAAAAGUAGGUUUAAGAAGUCGCAACAGUAAAAUCAAGAUAAAGGAACUAAAGAUAAUAUUUGUGCAUUUAAGGGACUUUUUCUUUCCAUAACAGCUUAAAAAGUUUGAUAAAAGUAUCCCUGAAAAAAAAGUUGAUUUAAGAAUCAAAAUAUGCUCACAAACUUUGAUCCAGUCAUUGUUUGUUUGGUUCAGCCUGAUACCGACUCUGCAGCAGCCGAGCACAGACAUCUCUUUGAAAGCUAUUUUGAUCUGAUAUCUCUCUGGACAAUCUAUUCAUAUGAGGCUCGUCCUGAGAGACUCUUGUGUAUCAGCUCGCUCGUCGCUGUUUGUCUGUGUGUGUGUGUGUGUGUGUAUGAGAGAGAGUGGCAUUAUGCUGCGCAGCCUCCAGACAAACCCGACCUUUUGAAACAUUAACCAGAGAUGCUCGCUGCGCGGCUGCUGCCUGGAGGUGUGGGUUACAAGAAGAUGACAGAUGAUACCGAGGCUAGGUGGAGGAGGGGAGAGGCAGGUGAGGAGGGAGAGUCAGAGAGGGAGGUGAUGGAGGAGGGAAAGGACGAGCAGCUGAAAGAGAGAGAUGGUGAGCAGGGAGUGGGUCUGUCAGUGUCUCUGUGUUUGCUACAGCCGCUUCCUCUUCUUCAGCAUGUCGUGUAGGUACAAAAACUCCUCAACUUCUGCAUGGAGGUUAUUAUUAUUCCAAGUUUGUGUGUGUGUUUUAAGUUUGUGGUGUUCAUUCCUGCACUUGUUUGACUCACUGGUAGAUCACAAAGUGUUGCUUUCAUCCAGGGCAGAAUCAGGCACAUAAUUUUUUAACUAUGGAGAGCAGUUUCUGGAGUUUUCACAGUGAAAAUAUCCCGUCCUGGCCUAAUUUAGGUUUUCAGCUGCUCAACAGUUUACGACAGGACUUCAGGAAGACUGGUUCAGCACCUGGACUCUUCUACUACAGAGCCACGUAAAAGAAGAGUCCAUCAAAAAAAACAUUAAACUCUGUCCUCACUUACAUUUUACAUGGUAUCCCAAGGUUUUUUUGUUUUGGAGUUGGAGUUGUAAAUAAAUGAGCAAUAUUGACCAAAUAAUUUUUUGUACCAGGCUGUAAAAAUGUAAAAACUGGUGUUUUAAUAUGGGACCAAUUGGGAUUUAUUGGCUUUUAAACCAGCAUCUAGUGGACACUUGAGGUACUGCAGUAUUUUCACUUCCACACAACCUGUUAUUGAUACUUGAAAAUUAAUUAGAUUGUAAGUUGCAUUGUGAGUUGACAGUUUCACAUAUUCAGUAUCAGGCUGUUGGUUUGACUCCACGAGUAGAGGCUGCAGUCCUUGAGCAGGAGGGUUCGAUUCCGGGUUACUCUGCUCUUUCUUUCUGUUUUUUUUCCAUCAAGUGUUUUGUGAAAAAGUUUGGCAUGACAGACGAGUGUAACAGAUGUGUAAAACAAAAAACAAAAAGUUUGAUUGCAGGCACAAGUACUUUCAUGUACCGAGUCUAAUCAUCAGAGGAAAGUACUCUGCACCACAAAUGUACAAGGAUUAAGCUACCACAGGAUUAUGUUCAGUUGAGGAUGACGAACAUUUUCAGUUAUAGUCCAGAUCCACACAUUUAAAAAACUUUAACUGAAAGAGAAAAAGAGAUCCAACUUCAUUCCUAAGUCUGAUGGCAGUAUUCAGUAACAAACACAGUUCGUGCUGGCCUUCCUGUUUUGGAGAAACAAAGUUGUAGUGUGCGGAGUAUCGAGUAGGCGUGAGUCAGGUCUUUUGUCAUCCUGCUAUUUUUAGGUUUGUGUUACUUGAUCAAUGGUGGCCAUUAGCGCCCGUCGCUGGCAGAGAGUCUCUUCCAUUAGAGAUGUGAUCAGCGAAGGGGGGAGAGCUGUAAAACUGUUGUGUAAGGGAUCUCCUCCAUUAGAUAGCAAGGCAGACUUUGUCUUUGGAAGCGGACCAAAUGAAAGACAUACAAGUGUUUUGUUUGGUCACCCUAACGAUAACUGUAGAGUCGUUACGACGCAGUUACUUUACAUCAUCCUGGUUCUCAAUUCUAAGGCUGACUGGUGCCAAGUUUUUAGUGUGACGAUAAAUUCUGAAAGAUGUCCUCAGCAAGAACAAUGAAGAUGAAUGAUGUCCCCGAAGGCUUCACUGAUGACAAAAUGAGGAUUCAUCCUUUUGUCCUCGUCUUAUCGUGUCGUAAAUUAAUCACACUCCUUAUCUGCCUCUCCAUCUGUAGAUCCCAGUCAUCGUGGUGAUUACAUCUUUAGUGCCUUGUAGUUCAAAACACAUUGUGAUGAUGGUAUAAAACUUUGAUAAUGAGCCUUUUGUGUGAUAUCACCAGACAAAGAACCAACUUUUUUAUCAUCUAACACAAAAAACAGAAAGUUUGAUCUGAUUCAAAGCUAGUGAAGGAGAAAAUGUGUCUAAAAAUGUGAAUUUGUAACCUCAGAAACAAACACGUCAAAAGCUGCAGCGUGUCAACGACUCAACGACAGUCUCCCGUUUCCAAUUUAGUGGUAGCUGUCAUGAGCCAGGGUGAAACAGACGAAAAGAGGACCCAAAUGCAGAACAAAAAAAAUACUUAUGUAAAAAAAACUAAUGGAAAAUGUUUGAAACUGAUAUUGAAGUACAUUUUCACGAAAUGCUCCAUGGCUCUCAUUUUAAAAAAUGUCAUCUUAAACAGCAGGUUAGAAUAUAAGGACUUUAUUCUGACUUUAGUAAUGACUUUACUCUGGCUAAUGACUAAAUGACUUUAAUCUCAAAGUCUUAAAUUUCUUUUUCUUAAUGUGGCCCUAAUACUACACCGUAAAAAGCAACUACUUUAAGUGUCCAACUGAAAAAUUCCCCAAAAACACAAGAAGCAAAAUCCAAGGAACCAAAAAUCACUGGGGAGAAAUCACAAGGAACAACUGGGGACACAGGCGUGCACACAAUGAACCAACAAGAACAGAGGGGAAGACAGAGACUAUAUACACACUGGGUAACGAGCAACAGGUGAGGCAGACGAGACACAGGUGAAACUCGUUAGCUGAUUAACGAAGGAGGGAAAACUAGGGAAGUAAAACCAGACUAGAAACACAAGGAAUCAACUACUACAAAAUAAAAUAGGAAACACUAAAAACAGAUAUAAAGAAUAAAACACAAAGAACAGGAAGGAAAAGGGGUCAAACACAAACUGAAAACUUACAAGACAGGAUCACAGGAACAAUAGGAAAAACACAAAGAAAAUACACUCAAAUAACAAAACCAGUGAAACACUAAAUUAACACAACAUAUCACGACAGCAGCGGCUCAAACACAGUCCGGUCCUCGCUCCACUGCUCUGUUUUUAUGAUUUAGACCAAACCAAACUCAAGUCUAAUAACUCAGUGUCUGCCGGUCUGAGUGUCUGUGAGUUUGUUGGGAACGUCAUCCCCUAAUAGGGAAUAAGCAGUGUGACAGCAGGGCCGCACACCCACACCCACACACACAUACUCACACUUACACACUUGUAUUAUGUCCUGCUUACUUUAACUGAACAAGUGGAUUAAUCAAUUUGUGUUAAUUUACCUAGAGUGAAGGAUUAAUAUGCUUUUCAUUGCACAUUAGUCAUUAUGGAGGAAAGACGACAUGACGAUCAACUGCUGUUUAAUUCCCUGUCAUUUGGUUGUUAAUUGUCUCCUCUGGGACGAAUUUCAAUUAAGAUUAUACUGCUUGUAAUGAAUUAUUAGGGUCAACCUCACUUCAUCUGUGUCUUCCACUCUCUCUCUCUCUGUCUCUCUCUCUCUCUCUAUUUCUCUCUGUCUCUCUCUCUUCUCGUAUUUGUGUCUCCAGGUCCCGCCGUGCAGCGUCAAGUCCAGAACGGACCAACUUCAGAUGAGAUUGAAGCUCAGAGAGCAAGGUAAAUUUUCCUCCCUGAAACCACAACACAAACACGUGGUCUUGAGAGUUUUAGAAGACCCCAGAACUCAGCCUCAAAUUUAAAGUGGGUCUCAAGUGACAGUUAAAGGGAUAUUCCUGGACAGUCUGUGAUGAGGCAUGGUAAUGGUGGAUGUAAAAUUGCAUGAUGUCCCAGAGACGCUGGAUUGGAUGGGCGGACCAGGCAAUAGCAUCAAGGUUUUCAUCAUCCAGGAAAGUGCUGAUACACUCCAGCCACAUGAGUCGGGGUUUUGUCCUGCACCAGAAGGAAUCCAGGGCCCACUGCACCAGCAUAUGGUCUGACGAGGUACCUCUGGCUACUCUGAAGAGAGCAGGGUGCCAGUGGAGAAUCUGCCAAUUCUGGUGUUCUCGGGCAAGAUACUGCCUCAUGUUACUACGAGUGGAAAAAUGCAAAACUAGCCAAGAAUCAACCAGAAAGGAUGAGGAGAUGGAAACGGUCUGUAAAUCCACUCCUUCAUUGGGGUUGUCUUGCUAUCUACCUGUUGUCCCUCCCAUUUACUUGACAGCAGGUGAAACAAACUGAUUCACAAACGGGCUGCUCGAUGUCUGGGAGUGUAUAAAUCAGACACAAACAGAUGAACAGCUAAAUUUAGAGCACCACACCGGUGUUAUGACGUUAACUGUCUCUCAUGUUUUAUUACAGCCUGUUCAGGUCAUUUACUAAAUGAUGUCCAAACCAGAGGAUGAACUCUGCGUGAACUCGAACAAAAAUGAGAAAUACUGGAUUGGAUUAUGAUCAUAAAAGCAGUCCCAUGUGUCCGACAACCUGUCGAACCCGCAACUGUGAUAAGCAGACAGCUGACCUCUGUGACUUUUAUUCCUUUUCUCUGUCAUCGCCGUCAUAACAGGACUGACUCCUGUGGAAAACAGCAGGAUAAAACAUAAGAUAGUCUUUUUCUGCAUCAUAGUGGAAAAUUGAAUAACCAAAAAUGAGAGGAUGAGUAGAGUUCAAAUGACGCUCGAGGCAAUUUCUGAUCCUUACAAGGCAUCCAACAUUCCUUCCAACCUGGUUAUGAGUCCUCUCGGAGACAGUCUCAGGCACGGCGAGGACUUUGUUGCUGUUUUUAAACAUUUUCAGCUCUGCCCAGUGGUUCAGCCAAAUGCCAGGGCUUAAGAGAACAAAUAUGACGGGAGUUACAGCUCUGAUCUGAUCCAGUGUCUGCUGAACUGACCCUCCUGCACAAAGGAUUACGUCUGUGAUUGUGCCAGGAGAUUGUGUGCUUACGCGAGUGGAUUUCCUGUUUGUUAGUGCGCGUUUAUGUGCGUGCGUGUGUGUAAGCGGAUGCAAAUUAAUUUGGCUGAGAUCCAGCGGUAGCAGGGCGGUGUUGCUCAGCAGCUCUGCUCCCUGCUGCGUUUUCUUCUGCUGUCACAUUAGAAAGGUUCGCUGCCUCAGCACUUCUCUAACUCACAGCUGGAAAAUUCCUCUUUCUCCCCUUGGAGCUGUCUCCUCUCUCCUUUCCCCCCUCUGACUUCUUACACACAUAUGCUACUCACAUCAAACACACAGAUGUGAGGGGAGAUGAGGAGAGUUUGAUGAAGAGAAGGAAGUUGUAAGGUUGAGAUUUGACAGAUAGGAGGGGGAGUGAUAAGAGUUUGGAGAAAAGAUAAGACGGAUGUUUAAACAGGAAACAGCUAUUUGAAGUAGAGGUCAGACUCCACAAAUCAGAGUAGCCUCUUUUUAAAGCCGUCAGUCUUGUUACCAAUAGACUCAUUUGCUUUUAUUUAUCCCAAAGGUGGGGUAGGCAGGAUCUGAGGAAGUGUCAGGUUUUAGGAGGAAUCUUGAAUGUAAACACUACCCCUCCAAACCAGUUUAGCUCCUACAUCUCUGCUCCAGCAAGCUCCGCCCUCAAACAGACGCUCAUGCUUGCUCAUAUCGUUCCAAUUAAAUUCAGAUAUAAUGCAGAUAAAUACUCUAGAUAGUUACAAAUGUGGCCCAGUCAACGUGAAAGUAAAAAGCAUUGGUAAAACUCUAGAUGCCAACAGACUACCAGCAAACACAAUGUUUGCAGGACUUCUACAACUAGUAUAAAGUGACGUAGUCCAGGACCCGAGGUCAACAGUUUAGCGGUUCUACAACAUGCAGCAGGUCCCAUUUGACAAGAAACACUUCUGUUACAGACAGUUGUCUUACAAUGUUGAAGCGGUUUACCUGUCCAGCAGAAAGGUUACAGGGUCUGUAAGAUCCCGAAGAAUCCCCCAUCAUUUAUGCUGAUGUUGACCCGGCUUUUUAGCUCUUGUUACCUCCAUUUUAAGCGCCUGUUAUUCCACCAGAGUCUCCAGUAUUUACUUUGUUUUCUUGCUUGUGUUGGCAGUCGUGGCCAAAAGAGGAUUCAGACAAUUUUCCAUACUUUUUGGUUGAUUUGGGCUCCUGAACGACUCGGGGGAGCAGCGUCCGCCUCACAACCAAUCAGAGCGGGCCGCCCAAAAAUUUCAAAAUUUUGACUACACAGACAUAACAGAACACAGCGAUAUCGUUAUAUUAUCAACUGUCAUCAAUAACUAAUAGCUAUUGACUGAUAUUAAAAGAUUUUUUUGGAUAAACACCACAAAGAUUCCUGCCCACCUUUAAAAAGGCAUCAAUAUGGAUUUUAGUCCUUGUCUACCCUCAGCUGCAUGUCUUAUCCCGCUCUCUACUCCCCAUAGUUCCAGUUUCACUUCAACUGUCUCCUCUAAUGAAACCAAAAUUGCAGUUGUUUAGGCCUCUAAAAAAAAGGAGAACAUUUUAUCGUGUUUCUCCUUCAGCAGGAGAAAUUCAUGUUUUCCUGAAAGCUUCAUUCAGACUAUUUUUAGCGCUGUUCGCUCACAGCUUGUGUCCGAUGCUUCCUGCAGUCAUCACGGCUUUUGAGGUGAUUUGUCACUUUUCUUUGAACCUGCUGUUUGAAGUUGGAGGCAGGAGGACUUUUCUUUGGCUGUGCUGUUCCUGUGGGACGGUGAAAUGACAGAAUGGCAGAUAAGACGUGACAUUUGUGAAAUCAUGUGUCUGGCUGUGUUUCCUCUCUGUCCCUUUAGGCAGAUGAUGGAGCAGCAGCAGCAGAUGCAGGCGCACAUGGAGCGGGAGCGACGGUCGUCCAACUCAGGUACACACACUGAAGACAUGAAGUGCACCUGAACCCACAUGUACUGUUUUAACUGACAGGUGAUGUGACACUUUCCCUGCAGGUUCUCCUUUCCAAGGCCACCCUGCUGUUCUCUCUGUGGCCCCCCCUGUAGUACCUCCCCCUAUGAACAUGGGCGGUCCUCCCCCACCUCCACCUCCGCCGGGACCUCCUCCACCCUCAGCAGUGGCGCCCCAGCCUCCUCUCCCUCCUCCUCUUCCUCUCGGCGGGGGGAGUCACGGCGACGAGCCUCCAGCAGCGACAGGUCUCGCCGCUAUGAUCGCAGGAGCCAAACUGCGGCGCGUUCAAAGAGUGAGACGCAGAUCCAGGAUCAUUUCCACUUGAUGUGGCUGACAUAUUUGUUGCGUUAAAGGGAUAUUCCGGCGUAAAACCCUAACUUAGGGUCAAAUACACAUAACACAGAGUUAGACACCCCCUCAAGAGUUAAAUGUUCCAAACUGCUUGCCUUUUUAGUUAUACCAACUUUAGUAACAAACGCGCGAUGGCAAUACACAGCCGUCUAUGGAACCACACACAAACCUCAACCAAAACGCCACUCUAUCGCCACUAAUAAUGCUCAGAACAGCACCUAACUUCAUCAACACUACAUAUAGGGUCCUAGCUAUAGCACUAGCCACCAAACAUCUUUUUAGUUUUGCCGAAUUUAUCAGCAAAGAGACUGAACACAACUCACCUACUCUCUUCCAGCAGCCGCUUGUUUGUAGCAAGACCUCAAACCAGUCUAUUACAGACUACAGUGGGGUUACACAGCUCAAGGAAGAACAUUUAUUAUCAUUUCUUUAUCAUUUCCUUGAAGUAAUAAUCAUCAUAUUAAUCAUUUUGCACUGCAGACGUGGUAGUUCUUCUGCCUUAGCGUCUCGGUCUGAUUGCGUUUCCAUGAAGAAAUGAUCAUAAAUGUUCUUCCUUGAGCUGCGACACACCACUGUAGUCCGUAAUGGACUGGCCCGGAGUCUCGCUACAAACAAGCGGCUGAUGGAAGAGAGUAGGUGAGUUGUGUUUAGUCUCUUUGGUAAAGAAAUUAGGCACAGUUAAAAAGAUGCUUGGUUGCUAGUGCUGUGGCUGGGACCCUAUAUGUACUGUUGAUGAAGUUAGGUGCUGUUCUGAGUGGCAUUUGCAUAUGGUUCCAUAGACCCCUGUGUAUUGCUAUCGUGUGGUCCGUUACUAGAGUUGGUAUAACUAGAGAAGCAAGCGGUCGGCAACACUCAUCUCUCGAGGGGAUGUCUAACUUGCUGUUACAGUGUGUUUGACCCUAACUUAAUUUUACGCUGGAAUAUCCCUUUAACUCUUUGUACAAAGUUGAGGAUAAUACUAACUCUGGUGUGAUUUCCCUCCUCUCUUCAGCCUGAUGACAGCUCUUCAGGCGCCAAAAACGAAGCCAACCGAACGAGCGGGGGAAGUGGAGGACUGAUGGAGGAGAUGAACGCUCUGUUAGCGCGAAGGUCAGAGUCAAAGAUCCAGAAACCACAUCGCUGGUUUACAUCAAUACACACUGAACAUAAGUAGCCACCGUAGCCUGAAAUCAAUGUGCGGCUUCUUGAUAGGACUCACUAAAUGAAACUCACAGCAUUGAUUGUUCUUACUUGAGGCUUCUUCUUUUCCCCUAGAAGGAAAGCAGCUUCAGAGAAGCCCGACGACAGCCAAAACGUGAGUGAAUAGUCAACAAGUCGUGAUCUUGAUGUGAUUUAGAGUAGGAUGAGAUUAUCGUAGAGGAAGAGGUUAUCAUUGUUUGGUUGUUGAUUAAAAGUUAGAGGCAAACAGAAGAAAAAGAAACAUCACACACACAAAAGAAGGAGAUAAAAGAAGUGUUUGGUGUAAAUUAAGGAAAAGUAUCUCACCUCUAAAACCUCUAAGUUUGAUAAUAAAGGAUGAAAUGAUGCCAAUCUGAUUUAUUUUCUCCCUCUAGGAUGACCCAAAUUCUCCAUCACCCAGCACUCGAAGUGGACAGAACGCCACAGGUAGGGUUACUGAACGCCAACAUUAUAACAGCGCAAAAUAGGCUAUAUUUUUGUGGAUUCUGAACAACAUUUCAUGGAUUAAGUCUGAAUUUUCUGUGAGAUUUUUAUCCAAAGAAACAUUUUUAAGUUAUUUGAUUUCACAGUUCCUUUCAAAAUAAAACACCCAGUGAAUUUCCAGAGUAAGCAAACCGAUAAAUAAAAACUAUAGGAUCACAUCAUUGACGAUUUAAUCCACACAGACUUCACAAGAUAUCACAGUUUCUCAACUAGAUUUCUGCUCAUCACAGCUCUUUGUGAUACAUCCAGAAAGGUACUUUACAUUUUUGUUAAAGUGAAUAGAUUUCAGGUCUUUUACUUGAGCUCAGACCUUGUGUACUUUUCCCAGUAUCGUGAUGAUGGAGCGUUUAAGUACUCCCAUUAGGAAAGUGAUAAUGGUGGUGCGUGUGCUGAUCUUGAUGAAUGGACAGAGUGUAUCUCAUAUAUCAGUAUCUCCUUUUGUCCAUCCACCUCGACUGUGGAUCUGGCUCAGAAUCUGCUGUGAGGAAAUGUCAGUGAAUCCCCCGCUGGUUUCCUCAGCGUGACCUCCUCUCUUGUUUCCUAGAUGGUGCAAAGAAGCCGUGGGACCGAGCCAACUCUGCAGACAGGGCGAUGGCCUCAAGGUGAGAGUUUGAAGCGACACAGCUUUUUGAAAAUAACAGCAAAGCAGGAAAAAACAACAGUUAAUCCAACGGGGAGUAAUUGUUUUUGUGUGCAGGGUACGGCCUGGAGGCGGGGGCAGCGACACAGACUCAUUAGAUCUUGAUAGAAUGAAACAGGUAAGAAAAAAACUCCACUGACUAUCACACAAAAUGUGGAUUAUGCUUUCCAAUCCAAACAUGAGCAACUUUUAACUCUUUAUUUCACUUCGUUCAUUAGGAAAUCUUGGAAGAAGUGUUCCGUGAAUUGCACAAAGUGAAGGAUGAAAUCAUUGAUGGUAUGUUUGAUUUUCCUCUCUAACACUCAAGAAGGAUGAUCAGUCAACACAGAGAAGCACAGUCUCUCGUCUAAUUUAUGUUAAUGAAUAUUUAAUUAGAUUUCCAGGCACGGAGAUGAUGGGAAUGUGGUUGUUGUGUGAAGUUGUGACCACUAGGUUGCAGCAGAGUCCAAAGAUCUGUUACGGGAGAAGUCAUUCGUCAGUGGCCUCACAAUACAGUAGACUCAGACAAGGGCACACAAAUAACACAUUAACACACAGUAACAGAGAUAAUAUAACAAGAGUACUUUUUGUACUAGUUAGUAAAAUGUGUGUUAAAUAACCUUAUAUGUAACUUCCAGGAAAGUCAUUCAUAUCAAACUCGGAAAAAAGCUUUAAUUAUAUUAUAAAUCACAUUGUUAUGAUGGAAACACAAUGAUCAGACAUUUUUACACAAAUAAAGACACAUGACAGUGCAAAUUGAAUAAAUGUUGAGCAUGUAUUUGUCAAAAAUUAUGUAACAGUCUUAUGAUACAUAAUACACAAUUGGAAAAUUACAUAAUAGAAGUCAUAUGAUAUAGCUAAAAACAUCUAAAAGGAGAGCAUGCCAUAUUCAUGACUGAUCCACAUAUAUAAUUUUUAAAUUUGGCAAAUUAAUGGGUGAUAAAUAAACUGCAAGUUAAAAACGUUGUCACGCCAGAUUGUUUUGUUUUUUUCUAUCUCUGCUAUUUUUGCUUUUUUACCUACAACAUUUUUGUCCAAAAUAGCUAUAACAUUUUCUUUAAAAGCACACAGCAGUAAACUAUACAUAUAUCUCAACAGAUACUGAGAUAUCGCCAGGCUCGCCCACCUACAGGCAAAAGGCCCGGUGAAUGGGGGCCCUCCCCGUUGUGGUUUUUAAGUAUCAAAGCUUGUGUAUGCUCUCUGUCCUACACAAACACACGUUAGAGUCCAGCGGCUGGUAUUUUUGGUUCUGACUCUGCUUCAUGCCCCCGAGCGCUCAUAGGGAGCUGUCAUCGUCUUCUCACUUUCACUCGGUCUGUAGCUUAAAAAUCACCAGAUCCUACAUAUCCCAUAAUGCAUUUAUACAGCAUUUUAACCACAAAGAGUCUCUGCGCUUUAGUCCUGAAGUUUGUGAUUCAGGCUCCUUGUUUUGACUGACUGGAGUUGAUGAUAAUAAGUGUGAACGGUACACUUAUUACCAGGUAAUUAACAGACAAUUACCUAGUAACAACAUGAAAUUAUCUGGUAAUUACAUGAUAACUACUAAGUCAAUACUGUCUAGCUACCAGGUAGGUAACCUUCCAUCAUCAUACAAAUUUGAAGCCAAAUUGCUCUGGUAUUUCCAGGAUUUUCUCGAGUUUCUUUGCAGUAGCAUUGUAUGCAUUUGGCGGGUGAAUCGCUGUGAUGAUGCUCGGCUCAAACAGCGUAUCGCUACGCAAUCUUCGCACACCUUCAGGCUGUUUCAAGUGACGAUCCUAGAAAAAUAAGAAACCCAAUAGCUUUUGAAAAUGGAGCUGCACAGAAAAUAGAAAAAAAGAAAAACUAGACAGUAUUGACUUAGUAGUUAUCAUGUAAUUACCAGAUAAUUUCAUGUUGUUACUAGGUAAUUACCUGUUAAUUACCUGGUAAUAAGCGUAUCGUAAAAGAAAGCGUUAUGCCUCUACAACUGAGAUCAUGCGAGUGUUUUCACAGUCGGUUUGUGAUGGACUAAGUGGAGAAACCCUUAAGCAAGUCAGGAGAGGCCUGAUGAGACAGAGUGUUUCUUUAUACCAUGAGCAUGUUUAAUCAGCUUUACUAUUCCAACAAACCUAAUGCAGUAUCAUUAUGUGUUCUUCUCUGUGCUUGCAGCCAUUAGACAUGAACUCAGUCGGGUUAGCACGACAUAAUCUUUCAGAACCACCCUCAAACAUGAACCACCUUUUGGAAAACCCAUUGCCCCUGCAGCAGCUGCUGUGGCCCUGAGGAGGAGGAGGAAGGAGGAAGGAGACGAAGAUGAAGAGGAGGUGGAAGAAUCAGGAACAGAGGCCCAAACUGUGACAUCCACUCAUCCUGUUCAGCUGCGGUGUUGAAGCAACGCAGCCUCGUUGCUGUAACACCUCAGACGCAUCUGUGUAACGUUUGGUUUGUCUGUUUGGAGAGAGAAGGACGUGAACGGGGCACACUCUCGCACUGAUUCCUCUGAUUUUAACGAUUUCUGUCUGUUUGUUCACCCAGUCCGCCCCUCUGUCCUUGGCCUGAUGGAAAACGGAUAAAACUCACACGAUUAUUUGUUUUGCUUUUUCACAUUUUGUAUUAUUACUAUCAUUUUCAUUAUUAUGGCUGUCAUUUUUAUGAUUGACAAUGUAUUGUUAAUAUGAGUAGUAGUAGUGUAGUAGGUACAAUGGUAAGAAUGAGGAAAUGAUAAUGAGAAUCUGAUAGUAAUGGUAAUGUUGAUCAUUAUUAUUUCACAUCAUUUUAUGUCGGCCUUUUCUAUUUUCUAUCGGUUGUUUUUAUUUUUGUUGAAAAUGCAUUCACGUGUUCAUCCAAAAAGUUGUUUUUUUCAUCAUCUAACUUGGAUUUUUAAAGGUUUUUUAUCCUUUUUCACAAACUCAAAUAUGAGGCAGGAAAAAAAACAACGGCCCUGACCUGAAACCAAGGGUGGAAUAAACUUCUUUGGAUAUUGCAAUCUUAUAAACAAAACAAAAAAAAAUUUAACUAAUACACCAGAGUAUUUGUGAUCAUGUUGUUAAUAAAAUGUUUAUUGGCUGCAAGGAUAUGGUGAAGUAUUGUUCAUUUUAUUCCCUCCUUUUAUGACCAAGUGCUUCCUGGUUUGAUGACUAAAAAAAAGAAAAACACACCAAGUUUAAAAUGAAUUCAAAUAAAACUGUGAACAAUGUCUUGGAUAAAUGAGGC